AUGUAUUCUUCACCUCUCUGCCUCGCCCAGGUAAUUAAGGCCUCUUUCCUCUCCCCCCCUUUUAUCAGAGAUCUCCUUUCCACCCCCCCUCCUUCCUUCCUUUUUGCAUUGCUAAUUUGUAUCGUUUGUAAUUAUUUUUUUAGGGGGGAGCGGGAAUUGAAAUCUGUUUCCUCUUCGCUGCUCGGUUCCUUUCACCCACCGCCCCCCUCUCAAAAUCCUUUCUCUCCACCCCAAUUCCCCCCCCACCCCCGGAGAAAAGAGUUUUGUCCAUUGCAGAAAAUGCGUGGCGGGACUGCGGGCUUGUGGCGCGCGCGCGCGGGGAGGGGGGGUUGUUGGAGAGAGAGAGAGAGAGAGAGAGAGCGGUCUGUGCAUUCGUCCGCCUCUGAGUCAGUUGAGCUUCCUAAAAGGCGCCCGAUCUCUGUCAAACACCCCCCCCCCCCACUUCCCCACUUUGCAGGUCAAUUGUAAUAAGUUUCUAUUUGCAUCCUAUCCUCCUAAACCACCACCACCACCCCCGGGAAGAAAAACAACAACACUCUCCUUCCCUCCUGGUUGUUGUGUUUUGAGGAGAACUGCUGGCUUUUAGCAAUGCACGAGUCUGGAUCAGUAUGAGAUGUGGGGAGCAGGACACCCCCUAAUCUGUACUCCAUAGGCAGCAUGGGCUGGUGGUCUGGUGACCGCAAGAACAUCCUCUCUUUCCACACUAGGGGGGUGGGAUGUAGUGGGUGGCUAGGGUUUUUCGGUGUGGGAGAGGAGAGGCUUAAUAUCAACUGUUUCCCCAACUGUACACCAAGUUCUGAUAAGUUGGCAAAGAGAGAGGGGUGUAUGUGUGUCUGAGAGAGAGCAUUUUUGCAAGAAUGCCGAAUGCGUGAGUCCCAGUGUGCCGGAGUUUGCAAGGCUAUUCCAUGCCAGCGUGCGUAGGGGUUGAUUCAGUGUGCACACCAUGGGCUUGUAAGUAUCGGUGAGCCUUCGAGUGCCCCAGAGGUCUCAAAAUCCACCCCAGUGCGCCAGAGCGAGUGUGCAAAUGUGCCGUGCACUGCUGCCAUAGGCCCCAUAUUCCCUCCUUGCAUGGAAGGAUGUGAACCUGGGCACAUGGAAGUGAGAACGCUCGUGUGUGCCAGACGAGGCGGCAUGCAAGAGCUCGGGCGAGCGAGUGUGCAAAAAAUGCGCCGUGCGCUGGUGCCACAGGCCCCACAUUCCUCCCUGCAUGGAAGGAUGUGCCCAGGAACCUGGGCACAUGGAAGUGAGAACGCUUGUGUGUGCCAGAUGAGAGAGAGGUGGCGUGCACGAGCACGGCGGUCCGGCGCACGUGUUGCCCAGACAAUAGUGUCCAUGUGGGGCCCUCGUGCAAAGGCUGCGCUUCGUGAAAGCGUGCAAGCGUGUGUGAGACAGCUGAUUGCGAGCGAGAGGUGUGUGUGUGUGUUUGUUUGUUUGUGUGUGUGUGGCUUCCUUCCUGUGCCUACCCCCCACAUGCCUGUGGCAUCGAUGUGCGUCGGCCCCCGAUCUGCAAUGACACUGUUGCAACACAAGGCAUGAAAUAUUCACAUGCCAUGCUGUAUAUUUCAUGGGAAAAGUCGCUGGUCGGGUUUUCCAGGCGUCAUCAGAGCAAGCACAGUUUUUUACAUUCCUGUUAAUUUUUUGGGGGGUCCCUUUGCUUAGUUGUGAACACAUUUCGGUGUCCCCACAAACCUGUCUUCCUGCGGUGCCCUCGUUGUGUUGCCAGUCACGGGAUGUUGUGUGUUUUUUCUCGGCUGUUUGUUUUCCCUCUGUGUGUGUCAAAAUCCACUGUGGGUUGCACGUCUCUCUUUGCAAAGGACACAGUGUUCACCCUUCCCUCAACGUGGCCAGCUAUAAAGUCUUUUUCCCGCAUGCAAGUUUUCCUUAGCGGCAAAGCGUUGCCUUAUGGUGCCUGGGGCCUGAUAUUAUUGCGGGCUCCUUCCGACUUUUGCAGUGUACUCUCGCGUCCCCUCCAGCGGGGCAGCCUCUCCUCCCUCCCUCCCUGAUCGAUUCUUGAUAUUUUAUUUUAAUUAUUGAACACCCGGCCUCUCAUGUAACGACUUCCUUGCUGCAAACUAAGGGUGAGUCUUCUGAUAAGUAACUCCUAAACAAAGCAGCGUCUCGCAAGAACCUUGACAUCCUUUUCUAUCAAGAGCAUGGAUAUUAUUUUAUUUCUAAGUGCAUUUGUUGUGUGUGGGUGGGAGGGGGGAACAAACUGAUAGCAAACUCAAGGAUUUUUCUUGCAGCGGGGAGCAUUUUAAUUAGGCUGCCCCCAAAACAUAGAGAGGCGUUUUGAACAGACAAGGCCCGUGUUGAUAAAAGCUGGCCUGAGCUUUUGGCAGUAGAUGUGCAAAGAUGUGGCCCAGCCAAGUCAAAAUUUGGCCCAGUUUCAAUAUUCCGUUAUCAGAAUUCUGGACUCCCUCUUUUUUUAAAAAACCCCCUGUUUUCGACAGCUUUGAGACUUAAAUUUGCCCAUUGCUUGUAAAUCCUUUUUGCUGUGUUUUUUUUUUUAAAAAAAAAACAGCCUGGUGUUCUAAGUCCUGUCCCUGAGAUCGAACAAAAUGCCUGGCUUUCCGAGUUUCAGAAUAAAAAAGUGAAAAAUCUUGACUUAAAUCUUCACCUUGGAUCAAACACAUGUGAGCCUCUGUAAAAUAUCAGCCAGUGGUUUCAAAACCCUGCUCUGUGAAACGAUUGCGGUCAUGCUUCAACAAAGUGAGGUUCGUUCAGAGUUGUUUUUUUUAAAGGGUUUUGUUGGUUCGAAACACCUAUCCGUGUGGGAAGCUGCGCGCUGCAACCCUGUAUGAUGUAAAGCUCUCACUGGGGGAAUGGGAUGGGUAAUUUUGCACCAGAUAUGGUUUGGUACAUGGGACACGGGUGGCGCUGUGGGUUAAACCACAGAGCCUAGGACUUGCCGAUCGGAAGGUCGGCGGUUCGAAUCCCCGCAAUGAUGGGGUGAGCUCCCGUUGUUCGGUCCCUGCUCCUGCCAACCUAGCAGUUCAAAAGCACGUCAAAGUGCAAGUAGAUCAAUAGGUACCGCUCCGGCGGGAAGGUAAACGGCGUUUCCAUGCGCUGCUCUUGUUCGCCAGAAGCGGCUUAGUCCUGCUGGCCGCAUGACCCAGAGGCUGUACGCCGGCUCCUUUGGCCAAUAAAGCGAGAUGAGCACCGCAACCCCAGAGUCGGCCACGGCUGGACCUAAUGGUCAGGGGUCCCUUUACCCUUUACCUAUCAUGACGGAUAACAGGGGCAGAGUAGGCUGCCCUGUGCAGAAGAUGGUACCCGUUGUAUAUCUGCAUGAGUCUCUGCUCUAGAUUGGCACUUCUUAUUUUUAAUCCAGGCAAAAACCAGCUCACUGUUAUCCGAUGGUUAGGAAACAGCGAACCAAACAGAACACUUUUUUUUAAAUGAAUGGAACCGCCUUAAAGUCCCAUAUAUAUGGAAUGAUGUGGGGGCCAUAUUUGCAACGGAGGAAUAUUUCUGUUUUGCAAGUUUGAAAUGCGGAGACGUGCUGUGGAUCGCUCUCUGUUUCAGCCACGUGGGGGCUAAGGUCUGCGGUUUGGAGCCCAGGAGCCAAUCGCUAGGGCCCGAGGGGCCCCCGCCAAUAAAAUAUUUGAGGGGGCCAGCUCCCCCCAAAGUUGACCAUAGCUGUCAACGUUUCCCUUUUUUUUAAGGGAAAUUCCCUUAUUCCGAAUAGGAUUCCUCGCAAGAAAAGGGAAAAGUUGACAGCUAUGCAAUUUCCCAGUACAGUGGUACCUCGGGUUAAGUACUUAAUUCGUUCUGGAGGUCCGUUCUUAACCUGAAACUGUUCUUAACCUGAAGCACCACUUCAGCUAAUGGGGCCUCCUGCUGCUGUCGUACCGCAGGAGCGUGAUUUCUGUUCUCAUCCUGAAGCAAAGUUCUUAACCCAAGGUACUAUUUCUGGGUUAGCAGAGUCUGUAACCUGAAGCAUCUGUAACCUGAGGUACCACUGUAGUGAUGUAUGGAAGUGAGAGCUGGACCAUCAAGAAGGCUGAUUGCCGAAGAAUGGAUGCUUUUGAAUUCUGGUGCUGGAGGAGACUCUGGAGAGGCCCAUGGACUGCAAGAAGAUCAGACCUCUCCAUUCUUAAGGAAAUCAGCCCUGAGUGCUCACUGGAAGGCAGAUCCUGAAGCUGUGCAACAGCACAGUGUUUUGUGUUCUGUAGGCUCCUGUGAUGUAAGUCAUGGGCCUCGUUUAUUUCCUUGACAUCUGAUGGGAGGGCGCCACCACCGAGAAGGCCCUCUGCCUGGUUUCCUGCAACUUUGCUUCUUGUAGGGAGGGAACCACCAGAAGGCCCUCGGGAGAUGGACCCAGGUGUCUGGGGUGGAGACGCUCCUGCAGGUCUACUGGGUCAUUUAGGGCUUUCAGCACCAACACUUUGAAUUGUGCUUGGAAACGUCCUGGGAGCCAAUGUAGGUCUUUCAGGACUGGGGUUAUAUGGUCUCGGGGGCCGCUCCCAGUCCCCAGUCUGGCUGCCGCAUUCUGGAUUAGUUGCAGUUUCAGGGUCACCUUCAAAGGGAGCCCCACAUAGAGCACAUUGUGGUAGUUAUGACCUUUAAAGACCUAUACGGCUUAAGCCCAGGCUAUACGAAGAACUGUAUUCUCUCGUACGAACCUGUCCUGGCUCUGAAAUGUUUGGGGGUUCCCUUCUCUUGGCCCUGCCAACCUCACAGGCUUGCUUGGUUGGGGGUGCAAGACGGGGCCUUCUCUGUGGUGGCUCCUCCGAAACAACUUUGGAACUCGCUGCCGAGAGAAACCAGGCCAGCUCCCUCUUGGCUUUCCUCCCUCCGGCAAGCGAAGGAUUUCCUAUUCCAACAGGUGCCAUUUUGAAAGGAAAGGGCUUUCAGUAGUGCCGCCAUGCUUCUAUUACAUGCAUUUUAAUAGAUACUGUUUUAAUUUUAUUAGGGUUUAAUGAAUGACGGCCUUUUAUAGGUUUGUAGCGUUUCUGCAUUUUUAUCUGUGGCUGUUUUAGACUCCGUGAUCUGGGGGCUGGAGGGGGAAAGCAGGAUGUAAAUAAAAUGAUGAUGAUGGUAUUCAUGUAAUUAAAAUAGUAAAAAUAAAAAAUAUUCCAUGGUGGUCAGUGAAUGAGGGCACCUAUUCUGAAGCCCAUUGGAAGUUCAGGUGAUUUUCUGAGCCAAUUUCUCUGUGUUUCGUGCAGGAAGAGGGAGAGAGGGCCUUUGAGUGUGUACAGAGUGCAUUGGCUAUGCCUCUCAAAGGAAAAUGAAUGCUGCUUUUAAAAUCCCAUUUUUCUAGGGAAACUCUCUUCUAAGACAGUGUUUAUCUUAACAGCUGAAUUUUUUUGAAGUACGUGCAUUUUUGGAUGUACACACACACACACACAGACCAACUCAAUUUGGAGGCAAUUUAAGGAAUUCCCCCACCUCUGAGCAUACCCAGAGUGCUGUAUCCCCCUCCCACGCAACGGCCCAAUAAUUCCCAACUCAGGGUAACCAGGUCACAGGUAUUCCUGAAGAAGCGCCUCCACCCCGGACACCUGGGUCCAUCUCCCGAGGGCCUUCUGGGGGUUCCCUCCCUGCGAGAAGCGAGGUUGCAGGGAACCAGGCAGAGGGCCUUCUCAGUGGUGGCACCCUCCUAUCAGAUGUCAAGGAAAUAAACAGCUAUCUGACUUUUAGAAGACAUCUGAAGGCAGCCGUGUUUAGGGAAGUUUUUAAUGACUGAUGUUGUUUCGUGUUUUUAAUAUUCUGUAGGGAGCCGCCCAGAGUGGUUGGGGAAACCCGGCCAAAUGGGUGGGGUAUAAACAAUUAUUAUUAUUAUUAUUAUUAUUAUUAUUAUUAUUUUGCCCCUUUCUCUCUUUCCAUCCCCGCCCCCCAAGACACAACUUCCAAUUCAGCGAUUUUAAACCCUUGGCAAGGAGUUUGCGCAGAGAGAUUUCUUGGGACGGGGACGUCUUCUCGCCUUCAGAACGUCUGCCUUGCUGGCAAAGCCACAGCAUCCAGGCCCCAAAAUAGCCCUGGCACACUCAGUGCCACUCCUAGCCAGGACGACGCACUGACCUGCUUGAUUUGAGUCCAGGCCCUUGAUGGCAAAUUCUCUCUCUUUCUCUCUCUCUCCAGCUGUCUCUCAGUACCUUGGGACUUUCCCUCGCUCUCGUCUGGGCUCAGCCACCUCCUCCCUUGAUGCCUCUUUUAGAAACCUAGGUCAUGAUUUUGCAUUUCUUCUUCUUCCUGGCUUCCCCGACCUUCUGGUCUCCAAGUUCGUUGGCUUGUUUACUCUCAGGGAAAAACCCAGAGACACGCAUCCCCUCCAACGUUUCUCCUGUGAAAAUAGGGACGUCCUAUUCCAUCCCCUCCAACAUUUCUCCUGUGAAAAUAGGGGCGUCCUAUUCCACCCCCUCCAACGUUUCUCCUGUGAAAAUAGGGGCGUCCUAUUCCAUCCCCUCCAACGUUUCUCCUGUGAAAAUAGGGGCGUCCUAUUCCACCCCCUCCAACGUUUCUCCUGUGAAAAUAGGGACGUCCUAUUCCAUCCCCUCCAACAUUUCUCCUGUGAAAAUAGGGACAUCCUAUUCCAUCCCCUCCAAUGUUUCUCCUGUGAAAAUAGGGCCGUCCUAUUCCAUCCCCUCCAACGUUUCUCCUGUGAAAAUAGGGACGUCCUAUUCCAUCCCCUCCAACGUUUCUCCUGUGAAAAUAGGGACGUCCUUUUCCAUCCCCUCCAACGUUUCUCCUGUGAAAAUAGGGACGUCCUAUUCCACCCCCUCCAAAGUUUCUCCUGUGAAAAUAGGGACGUCCUAUUCCAUCCCCUCCAACGUUUCUCCUGUGAAAAUAGGGACGUCCUAUUCCAUCCCCUCCAACGUUUCUCCCCUGAAAAUUUUGUUGUUGUUUAGUUGUUUAGUUGUGUCCGACUCUUCGUGACCCCCUGGACCAGAGCACGCCAGGCCCUCCUGUCUUCCACUGCCUCCCGCAGUUUGGUCAAACUCAUGUUGGUCGCUUUGAGAACACUGUCCCAUCAUCUCGUCCUCUGUCGUCCCCUUCUCCUUGUGUCCUCCAUCUUUCCCAGCAUCAGGGUCUUUUCCAGGGAGUCUUCUCUUCUCCUGAGGUGGCCAAAGUCUUGGGGCCUCAGCUUCAGGAUCUGUCCUUCCAGUGAGCAUUCAGGGCUGAUUUCCUUCAGAAUGGAGAGGUUUGAUCUUCUUGCAGUCCAUGGGACUCUCAAGAGUCUCCUCCAGCACCAGAAUUCAAAAGCAUCCAUUCUUCAUGGAUCACUGCCUUGCCAUGGCGAAGGGGCUUGAAUAACUCCGAGAAGCUAUGAACUAUGCCGAACAGGGCUACCCAAGACGGACAGGUUAUAGCGGAGAAUUUCGACCAAACGUGAUCUACCUGGAGCAGGAACCGGCAAGCCACUCCAGUAUCCCUGCCAAGAAAACUCCAUGGACAAAGACAACAGGCAUAUAAAAGUAAUGACGCUGGAAGAUGAGCCCCUCAGGUCGGAAGGUGUCCAACAUGCUACUGAGGAAGAGCGGAGGACAAGUACAAGUAGAUUCAGAGCUGAUGAAGCGGCUGGGCCAAAGCCGAAAGGACGCUCAGUUGCGGAUAUGCCUGGAAGCGAAAGGAAAGUCCGAUGCUGUAAAGAAAAAUAUUGCAUAGGAAGCUACCAACAUGAGUUUGACCAAACUGUGGGAGGCGGUGGAAGACAGGAGGGCCUGGCGUGCUCUGGUCCAAGGGGUCACGAAGAGGCGGACACGACUAAACGACGAAACAACAACAACAUAACCAGCGUUCAUUGAACAACAGGAAACGGAUGCAAAUAUUCGUUUCCUCCUUCCCCCUCGCUUUGCCCAAUUUUGCUCUGUUUCCCCUCUCCUUCCUCCCUAAAGGUAAAGGGACCCCUGACCAUUAGGUCCAGUUGUGGCCGACUCUGGGGUUGCGGCGCUCAUCUCGCUUUACUGGCCAAGGGAGCCGGCGUACAGCUUCCGGGUCAUGUGGCCAGCAGGACUAAGCCGCUUCUGGCGAACCAGAGCAGUGCACGGAAACGCCGUUUACCUUCCCGCUGGAGCGGUACCUAUUUAUCUACUUGCACUUUGAUGUGCUUUCGAACUGCUAGGUGGGCAGGAGCAGGGACCGAGCAACGGGAGCUCACCCUAUCGUGGGGAUUCGAACCGCCGACCUUCUGAUCAGCAAGUCCUAGGCUCUGUGGUUUAACCCACAGCGCCACCCGCGUCCCCUCCAUCCUCCCUAGUAAGGGGUAUUUAAGGUCAAGAGCAGGGCAGGCUGCUUUGAAGAUCCUACCCCUCCUUUUCCUUUCCUAGUGAAAGUUGCGUCCAGGGCAUCUGGUCAGCAGACGGGGAAGUCUGAACGAACGCAGUCCAAGCGGGAAGGAGCGAGGGAGGGAGAGCGAAGAGAGAAGGAGGAAGGGUAUUUCCAAAGAAAGGGCCCAGUGUUUUCUUUGAACAAUGCUCAGCAACAAGACUGGGGGAGGCUGGGGGGGGGGAGUUGUGCAAUCUUAUCUCUGCCCUUCUCCUUUCUGCGCUCCCUCCCUCCCUCUCCACGCUUUGCAAUCCCGCCCCGUAACUCCCGGGCCAAGUCAAGGAUGCAAUUAUUUUUUAUUUUCCUUUCGGCAUGUGACGCUCUCCGAACAAAUUGGGACGGCGAGAGGGAAGGGCCGAGGCAGCUCAAGAGGAAGAGGGGUGAAACGCGCCUUCAAAAUCCAGAGGGGGUCAUCCAGCCUGACCCUCUUCAGGGGGGCAGAGAAUUUGGAAAUUAGGAGGGGGUGCGGGUGACGCUGUGGGUUAAACCCCAGAGCCUAGGACUUGCCGAUCAGAAGGUUGGCGGUUCGAAUCCCCACGACGGGGUGAGCUCCUGUUGCUCGGUCCCUGCUCCUGCCAACCUAGCAGUUCGAAAGCACGUCAAAGUGCAAGUAGAUCAAUAGGUACCACUCUGGCGGGAAGGUAAAUGGCAUUUCCGUGCGCUGCUCUGGUUCGCCAGAAGCGGCUUAGUCCUGCUGGCCACAUGACCCGGAAGCUGGACGCCGGCUCCCUUGGCCAGUAAAGCGAGAUGAGCGCCGCAACCCCAGAGUGGGUCACGACUGGACCUAAUGGUCAGCGGUCAGCGGUGGAGAUCUCACUGUGCCAUUGCAGAACGGCUCUUGCUGACAUUCCCGCGAAAUCUAGUCCCCCACUGUAACUUAAGAGCUGGUUUUCUGCUGUGGUUUUGUCAGAGGGAAUCCUGGAAGCUUCCUUUUGUCAGGCUGCUGGUUCCAUCAAGUUCAGUCCUGUCUGCACAGUUUGGCAGCAGCUGUCCUGGGUUUCAGGCAACGAAUCUAUCCCAGGAUGCCGUUGGAGGUUGAAUCCAGACAUUCUGCAUGCAGAACACGUGCUGUUCCGUUGAGCUAGGAUCCUUCCUCUGCUGAUAAAGUAAGAUUAAUAAUAACAAUAAUUAACAAGACUAAUAAUUUAUUAUUUACACCCCGCCCAUCUGGCUGGGUUUCCCCAGCCACUCUGGACGGCUUCCAACAGAUUAUUAGAAGCACAACGGAACAUCCAACAUUAAAAACUUUCCUAAACAGGGCUGCCUUCAGAUGUCUUCUAAAAGUCAGUUUUUUAUUUCAUUGACGUCUGAUGGGCGGGAGCCACCACCAAAAAGGCCCUCUGCCUGGUUCCCUGUAACCUCACUUCCUGCAGGGAGGGAACCACCAGAAGGCCCUCGGCGCUGGACCUCCGUGUCCGGGCUGAACGAUGGGGGUGGAGACGCUCCUUCAGGGAUACUGGGACGAGGCAGUGCAGGUGAAACGCAGCUAUCCUGGCUAGUAUAGCCUUAUCUUCCUCUUUUCUAAUCUGCUUUUAAAGCUUUCAGAAUCAGUGGCCGCUACUUCUCUCCUGAGGGAGGGAGUUCCACAGUUUAACCAUGAAAAAGUCUGUCGCGACUCUUCUGAAUUACUGAGCAGAAUAAAGGAAGAUUCAGAGCAGGUCUCUCAAAGGAAAGUGUUGAGUAGCUUUUAGGAACAGGGCAAGGGCUGUAGCUCAGUGGUCGGGCAACAGCCUCCUGUGUCGAAGGUUGCGGGUUCAAAUCCCGGCGCCUCCAUUUGCAGUAACCGAGACAGUUGCCUUUAGCGUACGGAAUAAGCGGCGCCCGACUUCUGAACUUUGGUUAGAGUAGACUUCUUGCCAUCAAACACGGAGAGAGCUUCUUGUAGGUAAGAAAACAAUGAAGUUGCUUAUGUGAUAGAAAAGGUUUCUCGUUGUUUUUUUAAAAAAUAACUUUUAUUCAAAAUUAAAACAAAACAUAUUAUCCAGAAACAUAUCAUCCUUAUUUCCCCCCAUUUUUCCUCCCUCCCCCCACAGAACCCCCCCACCCCCCGAGUUCCCUCAGUUCCAGUCUUUGAUUUCUCUAAAAAUGCUGUUGUAUAGAUCCUCAAGCUAUUUAGCUGAUUAUUAUCGAUAAAAAGUUUGUGAAUGUUUAUUCAAAACCAGCCAAGGAGUCCAAUUUGCAUUGUUGUAUCUUCAAAUACUUUGUAAAGGGUUCCCAUUUGUCUUUAAAGUCACAGUUAUCCUUGUCCCGUAGCUUGUAGGUCAGUUUUCCUAGUUCUGCAUAGUCCAUCAAUUUUUCUUGCCAUGAUUCUUUAGUUGGGGUUUCUUCAGUCUUCCAUCCUUGUGCUAUUAAAACUCUUGCGGCCGUUGUCGCAUACAUGAAGAUGUUUUUCAGCUUUUUUGGCCGAUCUUUCCCUACAAUCCUUAAUAAAAAUGCUUCAGGUUUUUUAACAAAUGUUAAAUGGGACAUUUUCUUCAAUUCAUUGUAAAUCAUUUCCUAAAAUUUUUUAAUUACCUCACCAUCCCACCACAUACGAAAAAAUGUCCCCUCCUUUUCCUUACACUUCCAACGUAUAUUUGAACUAGUUUUGUACAUUUUCCCUAACUGCACUGGUGUCGUGUACCAUCUGUACAAGGUUUCUCGUUGUAGCCUUAACUUUCUCGCCUUGUGGGAGGGAGUUCCGUAGACCGACAACGUGAAGGAGUCGUUUCUCUCAUCCGACACUCAGAGCGAGAAAAAGCUUUUCCUCUAUCCUCUUUUUUUCCGUGCCACAGAGGAUUAUACAAACAUUUAUCCUGCCGCCACUUACUCGCCUCUUUCUCGUAAAUCCCAAAUGCCUCUGAUCACCGAAGAAUUCAAAAGCAUCCAUUCUUCGGCAAUCAGCCUUCUUGAUGGUCCAGCUCUCACUUCCAUACAUCACUACUGGGAAAACCAGAGCUUAAUUGUCCAGUAGCACCUUAGAGACCAACUAAGUUCGUUCUUGGUAUAAGCUUUCGUUGUAUCUGAAGAAGUGUGCAUGCACACGCUUAUACCAAGAACAAACUUAGUUGGUCUCUAAGGUGCUACUGGAAAAUUUAUUUUAUUUUUUUAUAUUUUGAAAAUUAUUAUUAUUAAUUUUAAAGGAGAAGAGAAGGGGCUUCAGAGAGUGGUUUUCUGGAACACCUCCCUCUUUCCGUUAAACUUUUUUUGCGGCCACAUUUCACAGUGAGUAGAGAUGCUCCGCAGUUUGCUAAACUGCUCCGUGAAGCUCCUCUCUUCUAUCUCUUAAGCAGAAUCCUUGCCUCCCAUUCUGCUUGCUCGCUCACCUGCCCCCCUGUUUGUUGUUGGCCACGCAGGAGUUGACGUGGCCCCCUACUGGCCGAAAAACUGAACUUCAGCGUGACGACAGACUUACGUUUCAAUGGAUAGAGGAAGAAAGUAUGGAGACACUAAAGUCCCAAGAAUAGUUGGUUAAAAUGAAUGGGGAAAGCUAGAUACUUGUUUGUGUGUGUGUGUGUGUGUGUUUUAAAUCAGUGGUGGCUAGUCCAAUGGGGCAAAUGGGGCACUGCCCCACCAACCCCAGUUGUGUUUUGUAGGUCUAAACCAGGAAUUGGGGUCCGGAUUGUUGUUAUGUGCUCAGACUAUUUUAGAGCCAUAGAAUUGUAGAGUUGGAAGGGACCCUGGGGAUCAUCUAGUCGAACCCCCUGCAAUGUGUCUGACCUGUACAGAAUUCGAACCUGCAACCAUGGCAUUAUCAGCACCAAGCUUUAGCCAACUGGCCGGCAAGCUACCUGGCUGCUGAAUUCUGCACUAAAUGCAGCUGAUAACAUUGCAACCAGGGUCUUUUUUUUCAGCCGGAACUCAGUUCCGACACCUCUCAGGAUGCCCUUCUAAGAGAACGAGAGAGGCGCUCGUGGUGAGUCCCGGAACCUCUUUUUCUGGUAAAUAAUAGCACUAAUGGUAACAUUCCUGGGGGGGAUUCGCCGCUAGAGAAAUUCAUGGAGGAGAAAAAGGCUAUCGAAAGCCACUCGCCCCAGUGUCUAUGUUCUCUCCCAGUGUUUUUGCGUUGCGGUUGCUGCAAAUCUCAGGAGACGGUUUGCUUCAGCCGAGGUGUGCUGGUCCCGAGGGUUAACCGUGCGGUGAGGUCCGAGUCCAGUCCGAGGUUGCGGGUGCGGUAUGGAGGCUGUCCGUCAAAGCUGUAGCUGGGUCCAAGGCAGGGAGUCGGGAGAGGUCAGGAACUCUGGCAGAAGAGCAGGACAGGGUGCCGGCACGAACAGGCUACCAACAAUGUUGCUCCCGCAACUUGGGACUGGGGCUGGCUAGCUUUUAUCUGCCCCGAGGCAUAGGGCGGCCCCGGUCCACAAGUGACUCGCCUCUGCCUGGAGGUGAGCACUCUUCCUGCAGGAACUUAGUUCCCUCCGCCUCUCUGCCCUGAGCCUCUGCAGCUCAGGAGAGGCUGGAGGGUUACCGGACCCAGAGGCAACCUCAGCUUCCCCUGACAGGGCUGAGAGUGGAGCACCUGCAGGCAAUGGGUCCUCCAUCACCUCAGGAGCCAGAGCAGACUCACCUGAGGACCCAGCACAGGUGAGGACCCUUCAGGCUCAGGCCCCAGCUGGUUCUGGAGGCGGGGACUCCUGUGCAGGCUGGGAUUCCUCAGGUUCAGCCUCCGAGUCCGAAUCCCAGGCCAUCACAUGAGGUGUCCCUGAACGAAGUCGGGGCAAGACGAGGGACCUGAGCGUGCAGGCCGAAAGAAAUCGAAAGAUCCAUCUGUCUCGAGACGGUCUAAUCUCUUUAGCAGGUCUGGCUUCUUAUUUUUGAGAGGGAGUGGGGAGACAAAGAGAGAGCUCUGACCUCAUGGCUAUAGAUAGCCAAUGUGUAGAAAGAGCUUUGCAGAAGUUCAGCUCCCUCCCUUUCCAACGGAUGCUUAUGGGAUGGAGUCACUGGACUGUGAGUGACGGCACAGGGCACCCACUCAUGGGACGCAGCGUCAGAAACCCGGAAUGGGAGGCGGUAGACAAAUAGGAGAGGAAUGGAAGGGUUUGGAGGCAGCUGUGCCAAACGAUGGCCACAAGAAUUGCCUGCUUGGGGGUUGUUAACGGAAAAAUCCGAGGGCUCCCUUGGACAAAAAAACAAAGAAACCAACCAGGAUUACUUGGAGCAAAACAGCAGCCUGUAGGCUUGGCCUUUAUGGAUCUGUUGCAACAGGGUGCUGCCCUCACCCGCAGGAGAGAGGAAGGACCCAGAAAAAUGGCAUGCAAGGCCUUAUAAAGACUUUUGAAAUUGCCACCCUGUAGAUCAAGACCACCCCCAGAAACAUCAUACAUCCAUCACAGAAAGGGUGUAACCUAAGACCACCCCUCAGAUACAUCACACCGACAUCACAGAAAAGGCGGUCUAAAACAGAAAAUUUGAACGUUUUUUUCCUCCUGUUGUUGUUUAUCUCCUGUCUGGCAGGUUACUUGAUUGGAUUGCCUGGGGAGCCUGGCCAGUCCUUUGUAGUGAUAAAUACUUAGUUCCUGGGCCAGGUCACAGGCUCACACCCUCUUCAAACACAGACAUAUCCUUAAGACAGGAUUUGUGAAGGAAAAGACAAUGGGGAGGCUUUUCCACUUUGACCUUACAGAGAAAACAUUUGGUCAGUUUAGGAAUCAAAUGGAGAGGUUUGAUCUUCUUGCAGUCCAUGGGACUCUCAAGAGUCUCCUCCAGCACCACAAUUCAAAAGCAUCCAUUCUUCAGCGAUCAGCCUUCUUGGUGGUCCAGCUCUCACUUCCAUACAUCACUACUGGGAAAACCAGAGCUAGAACUAUACGGACCUGUGUUGGCAAGGUGAUGUCUCUGCUUUUUAAGAUGCUGUCUAGGUUUGUCAUUGCUUUUCUCCCAAGAAGCAGGCGUCUUUUAAUUUCGGGACUGCUGUCACCAUCUGCAGUGAACAUGGAGCCCAAGAAAGUAAUGGAGGCAGUGAGAGAUUUUACUUUCUUGGGAAGGACUAGACCAUGUGAAAAAUGAACGGAAUAUUUCAGCUGCAGUUCAUUCAUUUUCAGCUUUGUAUUCUUGUUAUUAAAAAAAGCACCUAGGCAUUCCGUUGUUGCACCCGUAACUUAGGUUCAAGGUGCCAUUUAGCUCCUAGUUUUCAUAUCUCAGUUUCUAAGACUAUCUCGGCCUCGGCCCAGUACACCUGAAAGAGCGUCUCCACCCCCAUCAUCCAGCACGGACACCGGGGUCCAUCUCCCGAGGGCCUUCUGGCGGUUCCCUCCCUGCGAGAAGUGAGGUUACAGGGAACCAGGUGGAGGGCCUUCUUGGUGGUGGCGCCCUCUCAUCAGAUGUCAAGGAGAUAAACAACUAUCUGACUUUUAGAAGACAUCUGAAGGCAGCCCUGUUUAGGGAAGUUUUUAAUGUUUGAUGUUUUUAAAACUUUGUUGGAAGCCACCCAGAGUAGCUUGGGAGACCCAGCCAGAUGGGUGGGGUAUAAAUAAUAAAUUAUUAUUAUUAUUAAUUAUUACAGUGGUACCUCGGGUUACAGACGCUUCAGGUUACAGACUCCACUAACCCGGAAAUAUUACCUCGGGUUAAGAACUUUGCUUCAGGAUAAGAACAGAAAUCGUGCGGCGGCGGGAGGCCCCAUUAGCCAAAGUGAUGCUUCAGGUUAAGAACAGUUUCAGGUUAAGAAUGGACCUCCGGAAUGAAUUAAGUUCUUAACCCGAGGUACCACUGUAUUUUCGAUUUAUAUCCCCCCCCCCUUUUUAUUUCCCCUUCUCCCUCCGCUGUCUAUUUGUCAGUUCCUCCUCGUAUACUUUCUGAUUCCCUUAAAAUUAAGUUAUUAACCCAAGGUACCACUGUAUAAGAAUAUUUAGAAAGCACAAUGAGGUGAUUCGGAAGCCAAAAUUAUUAUUAUUAUUAUUAUUAUUAUUAUUAUUAUUAUUACUAUUACUAUUACUGUUCAAGGCAUCCCAGGGCGCCACGCUGGUUGAAAACCACUGCUUUAGGGCGCCUCAGUGAGGACAAGACGCUAGAUAGCUCCGUCGGUAGAGCACGAGACUCUUAACCUCCAGGCCGUGGGUUCGAGUCCUGCAUCGCGGAAAAGAGGGUUGGACUAGAUGACCCUCAGGGUCCCUUCCACCUCGACGAUUCUAUGCUCCUAUAACUAGCAGAGUCUCUCCUCCUUUCCCUUCUCUCUCUCUUUCUCUCCUUCCUUGCCCCCCUCCACUGCCAAUUUCCUCAGCUCCCUCUCAUGUCGUGGGGGCAGGCGGACGUGCCCUUUUCAACUCCCGGAGACCUUUGCGGGGGGCCCUGGCGAUCCCGUCGCGCCGUGCCAGCCAAACUCUGUCGCUUCCUUGGCAGAAAAGGACGGCAGGCUAUUUUUAAAUCCAGGAGCGAGAGAGAGAGAGGCGUUCCUCUCCUCCAGCCUGGGGUGUUUUCUCUUUUUUGGAAACCUCCUUGGGGGUCCCAGCUGGAGAGGGGCGAUUGGGUGACAGAUGGACCCUACGCGGGUGAGUAGGGCCGUUGAGGAGGGUGGGGAGAUUUCAGCCAGAACACAGAGAUCCCUUAUUAUUUCCCCCGCCCAGAACAAGGAAGUUGUGUUUCCUGAUAGAUUCCGCCCCCUCUCUGAUUUGCUGGCCUGCCUGUGACUCUUUCAUGAAAAGCCGACAAUUUUCCCUCUGCAAUCUCUUCUGAGAUAUUUCCCUUCCCGCUUUGACUGCCCCACCCCUCCUUAACCCUAGGAAAAGUUUGCAAACUGGAUCUUUAGGGAAGAAAUUCCCAAUAUUUUAAAACUCCUCGUGCGCCCCAUAGGCUGAACUUCGGCACCUGUCUCUAGCGCCGCGACGGUGGUCCUUUUUGAGCACGUGCAGAGUGAUUUUUCCUUUCUGCCGAGUCACGCAGGCGGUUUCAACGCUUGUAGGCAGUGAUAUCUGAUCCUGGCUGCCUCUGUGUGUGUGUCAUCCGUCAUGUGUCUGUGUAUGGCUGGGUCUGGGAGAUGCUCAAUUUUGCAUUUUAAACAGGAAGACAGCGGCACCUUGGUUCUCAAACUUAAUCCGUUCCAGACGUCCGUUCCAAAACCAAAGCGUUCCAAAACCAAGGCGCGCUGCUUUCCCAUAGAAAGUCAUGCAAAGCAGAUUAAUCCGUUCCAGGCUUUUAAAAACAAUCCCUAAAACAGCAAUUUGACAUGAACCGCUUCUGGCGCAACGGAACACCGUGACGGAAACCAGAGCGCACGGAAAUGCUGUUUACUUUCCCGCCGCAGUGGUUCCUAUUUAUCUACUUGCACCGGUGUGCUUUCGAACUGCUAGGUUGGCAGGAGCAGGGACAGAGCAACGGGAGCUCACCCCGUCGCUGGAAUUGAACCGCUGACCUUCUGAUAGGCAAAGCCAACAGGCUCAGUGGUUUAGACGCGCCACCCACAUCCCUCCUAGCAGUUCGAAAGCACACCAGUGCAAGUAGAUAAAUAGGUACCGCUGCGGCGGGAAGGUAAACAGCGUUUCCAUGCGCUCUGGUUUCCGUCAUGCGCCAGAAGCGGUUUAGUCCUGCUGGCCACGCGACCCGGAAAGCUGUCUGCGGACAAACGCCAGCUCCCUCGGCCUGAAGCGAGAUGAGCGCCGCAACCCCAUAGCCGACUUUGACUGGACUCAACCGUCCAGGGGUCCUUUACCUUUUAAAUACCCGGCUAUAAAAGCUGGGAGAUAUUGCUGGGAGGGGGGCAGGGCGUGGGCAACAGAAGAGAAGAGGAAAGCAAGUCUUUUCAACCACCAGCGAUGUCUGCAUCUCCUCCAGAAAGUAUACCGUAUUUUUUCCUCUAUAAGACUCACUUUUUCCCUCCUAAAAAGUAAGGGGAAAUGUGUGUGCGUCUUAUGGAGUGAAUGCAGGCUGCGCAGCUAUCCCAGAAGCCAGAACAGCAAGAGGGAUUGCUGCUUUCGCUGCGCAGCGAUCCCUCUUGCUGUUCUGGCUUCUGGGAUUCAGAAUAUUUUUUUUCUUGUUUUCCUCCUCCAAAAGCUAGGUGCGUUUUGUGGUCUGGUGCGUCUUAUAGAGCGAAAAAUACGGCAGUUUUAAAAAUCCACCCGGGCGGAAAUUUUACCCCUGAAAAGGAGGACGUGUCUGGGAAAAAGAUAACACAUGGCAACCCUAGCUGGGAUUUAGAGGCUUCCAAACUGUGCAGCAAAGUGAGGGGCCGACUGCAGCCGCCAUCGUGGCCCCUGACCUUUGGCAUGCUGGUUUAUGGGCGUCAGACGGGCGUGUGGGGUUUUUUGGGGGUAUCCUAGCUCGGAGAAGGCUGCUCCCCACCACCAAGCCGUCGCGGGGGCCGCUCGACGUUCCCUGAUUGCCUCCGGGGCACCCGGCCCGGGUCUCUCGAAAGCGGAUUAGCUCGACGGCAGCAUCUUUCUGGCGGGGCUAAUCUGGCGGGAGGGAAAGUUGUCGGAGUGGCUGAUCGGAUUUCAAGCCCUUUCCUGGUUCAUUGCUGAUCUCCCCUCAGCCCAACUCCCGUCGCCUAAUCCCUGGGCUGAACCCAGAUUGGCACAGACCGGAGAGAGCUUUUAAAAGCUUUCCACCGUCCUGGGAGGCUGGGCUGCGGAGGUUUAUGGCAAGGCAUAACAGAUUGAGGUUGAAUCCUGACAAGACAGAAGGACUGUUCUUGGGGGACAGGGGGCGGGUGGGUGUGGAGGACUCCCUGGUCCUGAAUGGGGUAACUGUGCCCCUGAAGGACCAGGUGCGCAGCCUGGGGGUCAUUUUGGACUCACAGUUGUCCAUGGAGGCGCAGGUCAAUUCUGUGCCCAGAGCAGCUCCAUCUGAUACACAGGAUGAGACCCUACCUGCCCGCAGACUGUCUCGCCAGAGUGGCGCAUGUUCUGGUUAUCUCCCGCUUGGACUACUGCAAUGCACUCUCUGUGGGGCUGCCUUUGAAGGUGACCCGGAAACUACAAUUAAUCCAGAAUGCAGCAGCUAGACUGGGGACUGGGAGUGGCUGCCAAGACCAUAUAACACCAGUCUUGAAAGACCUACAUUGGCUCCCAGGACGUUUCCGAGCGCAAUUCAAAGUGUUGGUGCUGACCUUUAAAGCCCUAAACAGCCUCAGUCCAGUAUACGUGAAGGAGUGUCUCCACCACCAUCGUUCAGCCCGGACACCAGGGUCCACCUCCCGAGGGCCUUCUGGCAGUUCCCUCCCUGCGAGAAGCCAAGUUACAGGGAACCAGGCAGAGGGCCUUCUCGGUGGUGGCGCCUGCCCUGUGGAACACCCUCCCACCAGAUGUCAAAAAGAACAACAACUACCAGACUUUUAGAAGACAUCUGAAGGCAGCCCUGUUUAGGGAAGCUUUUAAUGUUUAAUAUGUUAUUGUAUUUUAGUGUUUUGCUGGAAGCUGCCCAGAGUGGCUGGGGGGACCCAGCCAGAUGGGCGGAGUAUAAAUAACAAAUUAUUAUUAUUAUUAUUAUUAUCCUCCCCAUCUUUCUCUUCGAGGUAAACAAAAGCCCAGAACGCUGCGACUUCCGAUUGGCUGCGGGAGCCAACCGGAAGCCGCGCUUUGGUUUCCGAACAUUUUGGAAGUUGAACGGACUCUGUUCGACUUGCAAGGUACAACUGUAGUUCCACGGUGUUGUUGGUACUCCAGUUCCCAACACCACCCCCUGACUAAUAAUAAUAAUAACAACAAUUUUAUCAUUUAUAUGACGUCUGUCUGACUAGCAUGUAUCAGCCAAUCUGGGCAGGUUUCCAGCAAAAUAGAAAAAACACCGUGAAAACAUCAAACACUUCUUUAAAAACCCACUUCCCUAGAAAGGGCUACCUUCAGAUGUCUUCUGAAAGUCCGUUUAACAAUUGCAGACCCUCCAAGUCUCCCUAUUUUCCAGGGACAGUCCCGGAUUUACAGAAGCUGUCCCGGUUUCUGAUUUGAUACUAGAAUGUCCCACUUUUCUUUAGGAUGUCCCUAUUUUCAGAGGAGAAACAUUGGAGGGGAUGGAAUAGGACGUCCCUAUUUUCACUGGAGAAACAUUGGAGGGGAUGGAAUAGGACGUCCCUAUUUCCAGGGGAGAAACGUUGGAGGGGAUGCAAUAGGAUGUUCCUAUUUUCAGGGGAGAAACGUUGGUGGGGACGGAAUAGGAUGUCCCUAUUUUCAGGGGAGAAACAUUGGCGGGGAUGGAAUAGGAUGUCCCUAUUUUCAGGGGAGAAACAUUGGCGGGGAUGGAAUAGGACGUCCCUAUUUUCAGGGGAGAAACGUUGGAGGGGAUGGAAUAGGACGUCCCUAUUUUCAGAGGAGAAACGUUGGAGGGGAUGGAAUAGGACGUCCCUAUUUUCAGGGGAGAAACGUUGGAGCGGAUGGAAUAGGACGUCCCUAUUUUCAGGGGAGAAACGUUGGAGGGGAUGGAAAAGGACGUCCCUAUUUUCAGGAGAAAACAAAACGAAAAGCGCCGCAAAUACGAAAACGCAAAAUAAAAAGCAAAAACAGACAGACCUCAGCGUAACACUCAAAUCGGAAGCGUAACACUCAAAAUGGAUCUAUGGCUCUCAAAUCGGAAGCGUGGCUCUCAAAACGGAGCACGUUCGGCUUCCAAAAAAAGUUCGCAAACCGGAACGCUUCCUUCCAGGUUUGCAGAGUUUGGGUUCCAGGUUGCUUGAGUACCAAAGGCGCUUGAGAACCAAGGGACCGCUGUAAGGGUUAGUAGCUUCCCCUCCAGCUGGCGAAAUCCUGUGUCCCUUGCCCCGGUUUGUGCUUUUGUGGCGUUCUCGUUUAGGUUACUUAUUAUUUCUCCCCCCUUAUCUCGGCGCCUUUCUUGGGCUAGGAAUGCAAGGCCGCUGGGUUUUCCGUCGCAGGAAGGGGGUGGAGAACAGAGCCCAGGGCGCUUUGAUGGCGCGUGGCGGUUUGGUGGCGGGGUGUGUGUGUGUGUGUGUGGACCUCCGUCGGGAGAUUAUCGAAGCCUGAGCACAGAUGUACACGUCGGCUAAUGAAUUACUCCCAGCGGAGACCUCACCUGGCUUGACCUCCGCUUAGACUGCGCCCCGGCGAGGGAGAGCUGUCCUCUCGUGACCUUGCCGCCGGGAACUGCGGCUUUUGUUGCAUGACAUCGCGGCCUCUUAUCUCCCCAAACCGUCCCCCUCCCAACCUUGAACGAAGGCGGGGGGGUGAAAGCAGGAAACACGCAAAUCCAAACCCGGGUACGUCGGCGGAAAGACGGGCCGACGUCUUGCGCAAAUUAAUCUUCUUAUCGCUGUUGGUUGUUUUAUUUUACUGCCCCAAAGCCCCAAUGCGCAGCUUCGUUUGGAAAACUCGCCAGUACCGGGAAACCCAGUGGCAUCUAAUAAAAUGUAGCAGAAGUUCAUGCAGUUGCUUAUGGGAUGGUUUCAUCGCCAGUCUUUUUGGACUGGAAAUAUUGGGCCUGCUUUGAAAGAGGAUUUGGGCAAAUUACAGAGGGAAAGGAAUCUCAGUUGCUGGGAACUGCAGGAGGGGAGAGGGUGAGGCCACAUCUGGAAUACCGUGCCCAGUUCUGGGUUCGAAUCCUGAUUGUGGGUUUGAGGGGCUUCUCGGCUGGCCACUGCGGGAACAGGAGGAUGGGAUAGGUGGGCCACAGGACUGCCCCUGAGGACGCGGGUGGGGCUGUGGUUUAAACCACGGAGCCUAUCGGAAGGUUGGCGGUUCGAAUCCCCGCCACGGUGGUGAGCUCCAGUCGCUCUGUCCCAGCUCCUGCCAACCUAGCAGUUCGAAAGCAUACUGGUGCAAGUAGAUAAAUAGGUACCACUGCAGUGGGAAGGUAAACAGCGUUUCCGUGUGCUCUGGUUUCCAUCAUGCGCCAGAAGUGGUUCAGUCCUGCUGGCCACAUGACCCGGAAAGCUGUCUGCGGACAAACGCCGGCUCCCUCGGCCUGAAAGUGAGAUGAGUGCCGCAACCCCCUAGUUGCCUUUGACUGGACUUAACCGUCCAGGGGUCCUUUACCUUUUUUUACCUUACCCUGGAUCAAUGGACUUUUCUCAACCUGUGGGUCCCCAGAUGUUGUUGAACUACAACUCCCAUCACCCCUAGCUAGCAAGGCCAGAGCUCAGGGAUGAUGGGAGUUGUAGUCCAACAAUAUCUGGGGACCCAAAGGUUGAGAACCGCUGCUUUAAAGGUUUUGUCUACCAGGGGUGCUUCUGAAUCUUGCCUCACGUCCUAUGUCCUCACGGCCCUCCUGUAAGCUCACAAGGUACUGUGGUUAAGCGUGCCUAAAACGGCAUAUAUUAAAGGAAACUUUGUACCCAAACGCGGGAUGUUGGUGGGGGGAAUCGCUUUGCAAAAAAUGCAGCUGUCGGGCAAAAUUGCACAAUCAGCGAACAGGUGUUGAUAAACCUGCACUGUGGCGCUGAUGUAUUUGCACAGGGACCUUAUUUAAAAAAAAACAACUUCGAAUAAAUUUGCAAAUUGAAACGUGGGAGGUGGAAUUUAAGAUGGGGGGGGACGAAACGAGCCACUGAAAUGGACAGUUUUUGCCCCCCCCGUAACUGCUAGGGGGCUUGUGUCGGGCAAGGCGAAGACAUCGAGAAAGGGUUGAAGGAUAGACAUUCCCAAUUAGCAGGGCAGCUGCACGGUUUCAUAUUACCUGCCCUGGGAAAAAACAGCCUGGCAGCCCCUUUAGAUGAGGAAAAGCCAUUUCCGUGGCAGGGGCCACGCUUAACCCUUUCCCAGAACUUUGAAUUCAUUGCUCCAUUUUUUCCAAAUGCCUCCCUUCCCUCCCUCAGCUUGUGUGGUUUUCCUGAUUGGGAAUUAAUUCAGCAUUGAGAAACCUGAGGCCUCGACGGGGUGUGUGUGUGUGAAUGUGGCCCUCCACACCUUUCUGACCGGCCCUCAGGACUCUCCUACGGUCACCACACUCCUUGCCAGCUCUGCUUCACAUUUCUGGCUAAGAUGCCUCCUCUGAUCAUAGAAUCGUGGAAUUCUAAAGCUAGAAGGGACCCUGUGGGGUCAUCCAGUCCAACCCCGCGCAAUGUAGGACCAUGCCUCUCUCGAACCUGCAACCCUGGCAUUCAUCAACACCACGCUCCAACCAACAGAGCUACCCGGGCCCACGAACUCUCGCCGCCUGGGUGUGGGGAUAUAAAAAAUCGUGUGCAUGUGUAUUUGUGUAGAAACUAGCUUACUGCGCAUGGGGGAAAUUUGCAUCUGUUUCUGCGCCCACUUAUGCCUUCUGGACCCUCCCACCCACCAAGGCCAUGUGGCCACUGGAAGGUUUUGCAAGAGGGUCUUCGGCCCCUGGGCUGAUUAAACUUCCCCAGCUUGGUUAGAUAGCAGAAAAAGGGAAAUUAUUUGGGGGGGGGUGAGAGAGAGAUGGAAUCUGUAGUUACAGUGGUACCUUGGUUCUUGAACGGCUUGACUCCCGAGCAAAUGGGCUCCCAAACACCGCAGACCCAGAAGUGAGUGUUCCGGUUUGCGAACUUUUUUGGAAGCCGAACAUCCAACGUGGCUUCCGGUUGCCUUGAUUUCCGAAUGGUUUUGGGAGUUGAGUGGGCUCCCGGAACGGAUUAAGUUCGAGAACCAAGGUACCGCUGCAAAAGGUAAAGGUAAAGGCACCCCUGAUCAUUAGGUCCAGUCGUGGCCGACUCUGGGGUUGUGGCGCUCAUCUCGCUUUAUUGGCCGAGGGAGCCGGCGUACAGCUUCCGGGUCAUGUGGCCAGCAGGACUAAGCCGCUUCUGGCGAACCAGAGCAGCGCACAGAAACGCUGUUUACCUUCCCGCCGGAGCGGUACCUAUUUAUCUACUUGCACUUUGAGGUGCUUUCGAACUGCUAGGUGGGCAGGAGCAAUGGGAGCUCACCCUGUCAUUGUGGGGAUUCGAACCGCCGACCUUCUGAUCGGCAAGCCCUAGGCUCUGUGGUUUAGACCACAGCGCCACCCGCGUCCCAGGUACAGCUGUAGUGAUGUGCAAUUCUGCAAAUCCUGGGAGGUCCAGCAAUUUGGGCUGCUUCCUCUCUCGCCGGUGCCUCGGAGCGGAUCGCUGCGUUUCCACCAGCUCUGCCAAAACCUCCUCCGCCGCGGCAGGUCGGGAGAGCCGCAGGCCGUGGCGUACGAGUGGAAACUGGGGCUCCACCGGCCGCCCAAAUCUGCCGCCUGAAGCCGCAGGCUCUGGGUGGGGCACAGAGAAUGAAGGGGGGGGGGGAAGAGAGAGAGAGAAACAACAUUUCCAGUCAACCUGUGCAGAGCCAAAUUUUCUUGGCAAGGCAGCAGGGCGGGGCGUUUGGCUGCUUGGUUUCUGACCAAAAUGCUCAAUUACUCGUAAGGGGAAGCAGAUUUCAAAUUGUAGCUGGAAGCUCUUCUGAAGCGGCUGCUUGUUCCGUCCCGUCCCGUCCCGUCCGUAUCCUGCCUCCUCCUCCUUCCCACGAGCUCAAGGUCCCUCCCGUUCCCCGUUUUCUUUCCACAACGGCCCUACCGGGUAGGCCCAGCAGAAAGCAGGCAGUUGCUCUUAACUCGCCGGCUGCAGCUGAUGAACAGGAACACUGCCCUCCAUUUUUAUAGGGUUGCUGUGACCUAUCUAACUUGCAGAGCCGGUCUCUUGCAAAUAGUGUUCCCCCAGCUGAAAAGACAAGGAUAAAAAUUCCUUAGCUAUAAGCUAUGAGUGUGGGACGUGGGUGGCGCUGUGGGUUAAACCACAGAGCCUAGGACUUGCCGAUCAGAAGGUCGGCGGUUCGAAUCCCCCCAGACGGGGUGAGCUCCCGUUGCUCGGUCCCUGCUCCUGCCCACCUAGCAGUUCGAAAGCACGUCAAAGUGCAAGUAGAUAAAUAGGUACUGCUCCGGCGGGAAGGUAAACAGCGUUUCCGUGCGCUGCUCUGGUUCACCAAAAGCGGCUUAGUCCUGCUGGCCACAUGACCCGGAAGCUGUACGCCGGCUCCCUCGGCCACUAAAGCGAGAUGAGCGCCGCAACCCCAGAGUCGGUCACGACUGGACCUAAUGGUCAGGGGUCCCUUUACCUUUAAGGUAGUCUCUAUGGGAGUAUAUUGUAUUUAAUUAUGGGGUAUCAGAGUUUUUAGGGGGCUAACCAUUCUGGGAUCACUGGGAUGGCAGGCUUGUUGGUUUCUGAUUGUCUGAUUUUUUCAAUUUCAUUGUUCUGUAUGGGACAAUGACGAUAAAGAUUAUCGUAUCGUAUACAGAAGAGGCAAUCCUUCCUGAGAGAGCCGAAUGCCUCUUCUCAGCUCUGGCAUGAAUCCACGGGGUGUCCUUGUAAGAAUGCCUCUAUGCAGAAGAGGCAAUCCUUUCCGAGAGAGGAGAAGGCUUCUUCUCAGCUGAGGCAUAAAUCCACGGGCUGUCCUUGAAGGAAUGCCUCUAUGCAGAAGAGGCAAUCCUUCCUGAGAGAGGUGAAUGCCUCUUCUUAGAGCGGGCGUGUAUCUACCCAGAUAUGUUUGGUGGAAUGCGUCUAUGCAGAAGAGGCAAUCCUUUCGGAGAGAAGGGAAUGCCUCUUCUCAGAUCAGGCAUGAAUCCACCGGGAUUUCCUUGAAGGAAUGCCACUACGCAGAAGAGGCAAUCCUUCCUGAGAGAAGAGAAUGCCUCUUCUCAGCUCAGGCAUGAAUCCACCAGGAUGUGUUUGGAAGAAUGCCACUACGCAGAAGAGGCAAUCCUUCCUGAGAGAUGUGAAUGCCUCUUCUCAGAUCAGGCAUGAAUCCACCAGGAUGUCCUUGUAGGAAUGCCUCUAUGCAGAAGAGGCAAUCCUUCCUGAGAGAUGUGAAUGCCUCUUCUCAGAUCAGGCAUGAAUCCACCAGGAUGUCCUUGUAGGAAUGCCUCUAUGCAGAAGAGGCAAUCCUUCCUGAGAGAUGUGAAUGCCUCUUCUCAGAUCAGGCAUGAAUCCACCGGGAUGUGCUUGGUUGGAAUGUCUCUACGCAGAAGAGGCAAUCCUUUCUCUGAUAGGCGAAUGCCUCUUCUCAGAUCAGGCAUGAAUCCACCGGGAUUUCCUUGAAGGAAUGCCACUACGCAGAAGAGGCAAUCCUUUCUGAGAGAGGCGAAUGCUUCUUCUCAGCUCAGGCAUGAAUCCACGGGAUGUCCUCGAAGGAAUGCCACUACGCAGAAGAGGCAAUCCUUCAUGAGAGAGGCGAAUGCCUCUUCUCAGCUCAGGCAUGAAUCCACCAGGAUGUCCUUGAAGGAAUGCCACUACGCAGAAGAGGCAAUCCUUCCUGAGAGUGGUGAAUGCCUCUUCUUAGAGCGGGCGUGUAUCUACCCAGAUAUGUUUGGAGGAAUGCGUCUAUGCAGAAGAGGCAAUCCUUUCCGAGAGAAGGGAAUGCCUCUUCUCAGAUCAGGCAUGAAUCCACCGGGAUGUGCUUGGUUGGAAUGUCUCUACGCAGAAGCGGCAAUCCUUUCUCUGAUAGGCGAAUGCCUCUUCUUAGACCAGGCAUGAAUCCACGGGAUGUCCUUGAAGGAAUUCCUCUAUGCAGAAGAGGCAAUCCUUUCCGAGAGAGGCGAAUGCUUCUUCUCAGCUCAGGCAUGAAUCCACCAGGAUGUCCUUGUAGGAAUUCCUCUAUGCAGAAGAGGCAAUCCUUUCUCUGAUAGGCGAAUGCCUCUUCUCAGAUCAGGCAUGAAUCCAUGUGUUUGGAGGAAUGCCUCUAUUCAGAAGAGGCAUUCUGUGCUGGUCCCAGGGGGAGGUUACCGUGGGGCGAGGUCCAGGACCUGAGUCGAGGGUCGGCAGACAGUCCUCCACGGGCGAAGCGGGGUCCAAAGCGAGGAGCCGGGCAAGAACAGGAACUCUGGGGGAACAGGACUGGGUGCUGGCCGAAACAGCUCUUCAACGACGUUGCUCCCGCAACCUGGGACCGGGCUGACUGGCCUUUAUCUUCUCUGAGGCCAGGGGCGGUCCCGGCCCCCAGGUGACCCGCCUCUCCUGGCCUUAAGGCGAGCACUCCUCCUGGGAGAAACCAGUUCCCUCCGCCUCUCUGCCCUGAACCUCUGCAGCUCAGGAGAGGCUGGAGGGUUACUGGACCCGGGGAAGACUCACCUUCCCCUGACAGGGCUGGUAGAGGCGCACCUGUAAGCACUGUGUCCUCAACCACCUCCGGAGCCAGAGUGGAUUCACCUGGUGCCUGCUCCUGAGGAUCCGGCACAGGUGCAGGCACUUCAGAAUCAAGGCCUGCCCCAGUUCAGCCGGCCCUGGAGGCGGGGACUCCUGUGCAGGCUGGGAUUCCUCCGGUUCAGCCUCUGAAUCGGAUUCCCAGGCCAUCACACCUUCCCUCUUGAGAGAACGGAUGUGGGACUCCCUCUUGACUGCCUCUCUUUCUCUCUCUCUCUUUUCCAGGAUGAGUUCCACCCCUUUAUUGAGGCACUACUCCCCCACGUCCGGGCCUUUGCCUACACCUGGUUCAACCUCCAGGCCCGCAAGCGCAAGUACUUCAAGAAGCACGAGAAACGCAUGACGAAGGAUGAGGAGCGGGCGGUGAAGGACGAGCUCCUCAACGAGAAGCCCGAGGUGAAGCAGAAGUGGGCGUCCCGCUUGCUGGCCAAGCUGAGGAAGGACAUCCGCCCGGAGUACCGGGAGGACUUUGUCCUUUCCAUCACGGGGAAGAAGCCCUCCUGCUGCGUCCUCUCCAACCCCGACCAGAAGGGCAAGAUGCGCAGGAUCGACUGCCUCCGACAGGCCGACAAAGUCUGGCGGCUGGACCUGGUGAUGGUCAUCCUCUUCAAGGGCAUCCCCUUGGAGAGCACCGACGGGGAGCGGCUGGUCAAGGCCGCCCAGUGCACCCACCCCAUCCUCUGCGUCCAGCCUCACCACAUCAGCGUCUCCGUCAAGGAACUGGACCUCUACCUGGCGUAUUUCAUCCGAGAGAGAGGUAGGCGGGAAAGACUCGCUUCGCGCCUCGGCAUCCUUGGGACUUCUUGGUGCAAACAGAGGGGCGAAUGGAGUUAGGGGAGGGCGUUUCGUGGCGCCGGAUUAAGGGAGGGGCAUUUUGUAGUUGUGAAAGAAAGGAGGGCAUUUCACAGUUGUGAAUUAAGGGAGGGCAUUUUGUGGUUGUGAAAGGGCAUUGCGUAGUUGUGAAUUCAGGAAGGGCAUUUUGUGGUUGUGAAAAGGCAUUUUGUAGUUGUGAAUUAAGGGAGGGCGUUUCGUGGUUGUGAAUUAAGGGAGGGCGUUUCGUAGUUGUGAGUUAAGGGAGGGCGUUUCGUAGUUGUGAGUUAAGGGAGGGCGUUUCGUGGUUGUGAAUUAAGGGAGGGCGUUUCGUAGUUGUGAGUUAAGGGAGGGCGUUUCGUGGUUGUGAAUUAAGGGAGGGCGUUUCGUGGUUGUGAAUUAAGAGAGGGCGUUUCACUGUUGUGAGUUAAGGGAGGGCCUUUUGCGGUUGUGAAUUAAGGGAGGGCGUUUCGUGGUUGUGAAUUAAGGGAGGGGCAUUCCAUAGUUGUGAAAAGGCAUUCCGUAGUCAUGAAUCUAAGGAGGGCAUUUCUUGGUCACAAAUCAAGGGAUCUCCUCUUGCAGUCAUGAAUUUUGUAGUCAUUUUACAGUCAUGAAUCACAGGACAGCCUUCCUUGGUUGCGAAUUAAAGGAUAGGUUUUAGUCAUAAACUAAGGAACAGCAUUCCUUGGUCACAAACGAAGGGGCAGAUGGAUCUGUCUAUUUUGGUUUUUCUUGGAUCUUGUCCCCCCCCCCCCCAGCCUGUCUCAGCAUUGAGUUCGUCCCAUUUCUGCUUGCAAUACCAAUUUAAAAAUUCUGCGCGGGAUUUUGCACAGAUAUUUGCAGGCGUUUCUCCUGGUACAGCGGGGGUCGUACCUUGCAGACAUUUUACUUGCGCCAGUUCAGCUAUAUGACCGUUAAACUGCCUGGUGGGUGGGAUCCUGGCUGCAGAGCACAUUUUGAGGGAUAACACCGUCUCGGCUGACCCCUUCAUUUGGGAAAAGUGCAAUCUGGGGUCGCGUUGUGUUUUAAACAUGGGCCGAAUAACAGUGUACCAUAAGGUUGGCAUAUUUCAAAAAGUAAAAUUCCUGACAGCCCCCACCAAAUUUUCAACCACCAAAAUUGUUGAGCUUUUUGGGGGAAAUCUCCCCCCCAAAAAUAGUGGUUUUAAGCUUACAUCCAGGUUUCCUCUGACAUUUUGCAGAAUUCCCCCCUGACACUAUUUUUACACCCGAAAACCAGGACAUGUCGGGAAUUUUCCAGACGUAUGGCAAGCCUAAAGGUAAAGGUAAAGGGACCCCUGACCAUUAGGUCCUGUCGUGACCAACUCUGGGGUUGCACACCCAUCUUGCUCUGUAGGCCGAGGGAGCCGGCGUUUGUCUGCAGACAGCUUCCGGGUCAUGUGGCCAGCAGGACUAAGCCACUUCUGGCGAACCAGAGCAGUGCACGGAAACGCCGCUUACCUUCCCGCUGGAGCGGUACCUAUUUAUCUACUUGCACUUUGAGGUGCUUUCGAACUGCUAGGUUGGCAGGAGCAGGGACCGAGCAACAGGGGAUUCAAACCGCCGACCUUCUGAUCGGCAAGUCCUAGGCUCUGUGGUUUAACCCACAGUGCCACUCGCGUCCCUAUGGCAAGCCUAGUGCAGCCCUAAUCUAGGCAUGCUAAUAAAUUGCCCCUCCUUGUAUAAAAGCAGUAUAUCUGUCAAUAGAACAGGGGGACUGGACAAGAAAGGCAUUUCUGAAAAGUAAGAGCUGUUUGUCCGUGGGAUGGAAGGUAGUUGCGGGCUCUCCUUCCUUCAAGGUUUUUAAGAGAGGUCAGAUGGUCCCCUGUCAGGGAUGCUUCGGCUGAGAUUCCUGCAUCCCAAAGGGGGUUGGAUUGGAUAGCCUCCAGGGGUCCCUUUCAACUCUGCAGUUCUGUGAUUCCGACGAAAACUGGCCCGAGAAGCAACCUGUUUUGCAGUUCCCUUAUCCAGAAAGCAAAUCACGUCUCUUGACUUCUCUCGCUCUUUCUCCUGCCGGCGGUGAAUAUUAAGCACUGAUAACUUUUAACCAAAAAACUUAACUUUUAACCAAAAAGCAACAACAAUGGGGGAUAAAGUGAAGGGCGAUCGCUGCACAGCAUGCAAAAAAUGUGUGGUUUUUCCCCUCCUCUUGCUGCUUCCUGACCCUGACCUCAGCCUGUCUGGGUCUGCAGCCUUGAAAUCACCUGAUCUAAUUGCUACCAAACCCCAGGCAGUAAAAUCACAGCUGAUAAGGCCUCUUGUCACUUUCGCUCUCUGGAGAAAGCUGCCCUCCCUCCUUUUCCCUUUUAAGGUAGAUUCUUCCCCGUUUAAGGCAGAACGGGGAUUCGUUCUCGGUCUGCGGUUGCAAAAAGCGUGUGUCGUCCCCCUACAGCCUCGAAUUUCUUUGAUUCUGUCUGAGUCUCCGACGGGCAACCCUGGUUUUUGAGUUAAUUCGGAAAGGGGGGGCACGUUUCUGCCGGGGGCCGCACGCCGGGGGCUGGUGGGUCAAGUCGCAAAAGUCUGUGGAGCCAGAAAUGCAAGAUUUCUAGUGGGUUAAACCACAGAGCCUAGGACGUGCCGGUCAGAAGAUCGGCGGUUCGAAUCCCCGUGAUUCUUUUGCUAAUAAUCCAUGCCUUUGAGCCAGUUCACUAGAAUAGUAGAUUGCCUUACUUGCGAGAAAAUCUUUUGCCCCUCUUUCCUUUUUAAAAAGAAGAUCUUCAGAAACCCUUCCUGCCGUUCUCAGCGAUAAUUCAGGCCAAUCUGUACCAUGCAUUGUGAACCACGCUUUCCUCCCCUCUAGAAUCCUGGGAGACGUAGUUUGCUAAGGGCGCUGGGAACUGUAGCGUGGUUGCGGGGGGCGAACCACAGAUCCCAGGAUUCUUUGCAGGCGAUGGCGACGCAUUUGCUUUAAACGCGCAACCUUCGUUUUUAUCCGAAACCUAUUCACCUUAAUGAAUUCAGCAAGGCCCAGAGGAUGGCGACUUUUCAAAGCCUGAUAGUCACUGACACACCUCCAGCCGCCCACUAGGCAAUCCCAUUGCCUUGGGGGCUUGGGAGCGACUGCCGCAGUCCAAGAACUUUAUCUGGAUCUCUUGCUGGCUCCCUGGUCCUCCAGCUCAGCCGGCAGAGACUCUUGAUCUCUGCAGGUCGUGGGUUCGAAUCCCGCCCUGGCCAAAAGAUUCCUGCAUUGCAGAUUCUAGCAUUCUAAUUCAGAGUGGGAACUUUGGCUAUGCCCCCCGCCUUUUGCCAGCACUGCAUUUCACGGGCCCGACUUUGCAGGCUGUGUUUGUGGGGGGUUUUUUGUGGGGGUGUCGGUUUGCGGGCGACGCAUAGUUUUAAGAUUCAGCUCCCGUUUGCUCUGACAUUAUCAGUCUGGAGCAGUCGCAGCCGGUCUCUCUCGCCAGCCCUCCUUAUGAUAUACGAUAAUGCUCUCUCUCUUCCUUUUCUUUCUCCUGCGUCAGCAAAAUAAAAUUUUUUAAAAAACAGAUUCUCAGCCGAUUGCAACGGGCAACCCCAGCUGGUUGGAAAGAUCUUUUGCAUCUCAAUUCUUUCCUGGGCUGGAUUUUAUUUUUUAAAAAGGGGGGAACAGAGGGUGUCUCUAUCUCUCCCCCCCACACUUUCCACAAGGGCAGUUUGGUCAGUCCCCUUUGCUAUUUUCCUUGUUUAUAUUUUAGGGAGAUAUUUUCAGGCUGAUCAUGCUCAUAGUGAUAACGAUAAAUGCGGCAAGGUGGCACGCAGUAAAAUAAAAUACAUUAGUAAGUACCGGUCUGUAAAAAGGGAAAAAAACAAACACUUUUAAAAAGGGGAUGUUUAAAAGAAGGCGGGACUGAACUUCCAGUGGCGGGGAGUUCCGCAGGGCAAAGCCUCAUCCUGAGGCAGACUUUCACUAACAAAAUGAAUAGGGGCAAAUGUCAGGUUCUGCACUUAGGAAGGAAGAACCAGAUGCACAAAUAUAGGGCAUCUGGCUUACUAGCAAUAACCAAAUAGCCCCCCCAAAAAAACCCCACAUUUUAAGAGGGCAUAGGAUGUAAAUCAGAUCACCCAAAGGCCUAGUUAAAAUGGAACGUUUUUGCCUGGCCCCCAAAAGUGUGUAAUGAAGGCACCAGGUGAACAGACGGGGAGCCACUGCAGAGAAGGCCCCGCUCUCGUGUUGCCACCCUAUGGACCUCUUGAGGAGGGGGCACAUGAAGGAGGGCCUCAGAAGAUGAUUUCAGGGUCCGGGUCAGUUCAUAUGGGAAGAGGCGGUCCUUGCGAGAUUGCGGUCCUGAGCCGUUUAAGGCUUUAUAGGUCAGAACCAGCACUUUGAAUUGGGCCCGGAAACUGAUCGGUAGCCAGUGCAGUCGGACCGGGAUCGGUGUAAUAGGCUCAAAUCGUCUUGCCGUCCGGUGAGCAACCUGGCCACUGAAUUCUGCACCGGCUGAAGUUUCCGAACCAGCUGAAGCUAAUGGAAGGCUAUGUUCUGAAUAUCAAUGGUUGUUAGGGACGCGGGUGGCGCUGUGGGUUAAACCACAGAGCCUAGGACUUGCCAAUCAGAAGGUCGGCGGUUCGAAUCCCCACGACGGGGUGAGCUCCCGUUGCUCGGUCCCUGCUCCUGCCAACCUAGCAGUUCGAAAGCACCUCAAAGUGCAAGUAGAUAAAUAGGUACCGCUCUGGCGGGAAGGUAAACGGGGUUUCCGUGUGCUGCUCUGGUUCGCCUGAAGCGGCUUAGUCCUGCUGGCCACAUGACCCGGAAGCUGUACACCAGCUCGCUCGGCCAGUAAAGCGAGAUGAGCACCGCAACCCCAGAAUCGGCCGCGACUGGACCUAAUGGUCAGGGGUCCCUUACCAAUGGCUGUUAGCCACAAGAAGGGAGAAAAUGCUAUGGUUUCCGAAGCCACCUGGAUGGUUGCGCGAGAGGAGGACACGGGAUGGGGCGGGCCGUCGUCCCGAUCCACCGGGGUCCUCCUUGCGGGUUCAAUACCGUCACCGUUCUUAAUCUGGCCGGAGAAAGCAGCGAAUGCAAUCGCGCCCUUCUCUUCCUUCCCCCUCCCUCUGCCGUUCAAUAUUCCCCCCUUUGGAUUUUGGAUCUGCAACCGCAGUGGGGGGAGGGGGAAGGGCCGGCGCGUGCGUGCGUGUAUAUACGUGUGCCCGGAGUUCCUUCCUUCCUUCCCCACGCCUUCGCCGCCUCCAGGACUGGGAGGUCGCGGCUGAAAGUCAAAAGCGUUGCAGCGUAAUGGUAAUCAAUCUCCUGCCAUCGAUCAAAUCAUAUUGCGCCUUUUGCUUAGUGCUCUGGCAAACAAGGAAAGGUUUUCCGUAGUGGGAGGUGGGGUGUUUUUUUUGCACAGGCGUAGAGUGGAGGGCGCUUGUGUAUCGGGGGGCGUGUGUUUGGUGGGGGGAGGUUUUUUGGAGAGAGAAAAAAAUGCUAUUUUUGGAGAUGCAGACUUGGCCACAAGGAGCCGGUCAAGAAGAUUUUGACCUCCUUGCAGGCAAUCUUGAAAGGAUCGUCCAGCAAAAAUGUGACUCCUGAUUGCUGGGAGGUGCUCCAGAUCACUGUUGGAAGCUAUGAGCCAAGCAAGCCAGCCUCUUGGCUAAUAAUAAUAAUAAUAAUAAUAAUUUAUUAUUUAUACCCCGCCCAUCCGGCUGGGUUUCCCCAGCCACUCUGGGCAGCUUCCAACAAAACACUAAAAUUCAAUAACCUAUUAAACAUCAAAAGCUUCCCUAAACAGGGCUGCCUUCAGAUGUCUUCUAAAAGUUUGGUAGUUGUUGUUCUCUUUGACAUCUGAUGGGAGGGCGUUCCACAGGGCGGGCGCCACCACCGAGAAGGCCCUCUGCCUGCUUCCCUGUAACUUGGCUUCUCGCAGCGAGGGAAUCGCCAGAAGGCCCUCGGCACUGGACCUCGGUGUCCGGGCAGAACAAUGGAGGUGGAGACGCUCCUUCAGGUAUACAGGACCGAGGCCGUUUAGGGCUUUCAAGGUCCGCACCAACACUUUGAAUUGUGCUCGGAAACGUCCUGGGAGCCAGUGUAGGUCUUUCAAGACCGGUGUUAUGUGGUCUCAGCGGCCGCUCCCAGUCCCCAGUCUGGCUGCCGCAUUCUGGAUUAGUUGUAGUUUCCGGGUCACCUUCAAAGGUAGCCCCACAUAGAGUGCAUUGCAGUAGUCCAAGCGGGAGAUAACCAGAGCGUGCACCACUCUGGCCAGACAGUCCGCGGGCAGGGAGGGUCUCAUCCUGCGUAAAACCAUAAACAGAAGCCAUCUUUCAUUAGCACGGGAAACCUCCAUGUCUAUGGAUGAAAUAUGGUCCUCUGGCCCUCCCUACCUGGCCUCAGAACUCUCCCAGGCCACACCCCUUUCCCCCAGGCCACACCCCCUUACUGGUCUUGCUUCUCUGGAGAGGAGUGUGUGUACAAAGUUAAAAUUCGCACCCACUGCUCCGCCCCUUUUGACAAACCGCUCCGCUAAGAGCCUCUUCCUAAUCUGCCUGCUCACCUACCUGCCUCCCUGUUCAUUACGCUGCGGUUGGCGCGGCCACCUACUGGCGGUUGCAGAAACUGCAGCGUGACGACAGCCUUAGGUUUAUAUUUAUAGAGGAAGAAAGGGCAGGUGCUUUUUAUGCAGAAAGCCCCGCGGAUAUUUGGUGAGGGGUAGGAGGCAGACCGACGCUCACUUUUCUAGGUGGUGGCUGGUCCGUUUGGGGAAAUGGGGCACUGCUGCCCCCAAACUUAACCAGCCUUUUUUGCCCCUCCUUACAACCAGUCCGGAGGGUACCCUUCGCUGUCAGUUCCAUCCACCACCUCCUUAGCCUCAGAACUCAGGAGGGACCAGGAUGCAGUCAAACUGAGAAUCAUUUGGUACUGUUGGUAGUUGUCUAUGGCGCCCCCUGCUGCUGGGCUCCCUGCCUUCCAACCUAUGAGCCCCACUGGGCGCCAGCCAACUUGGGGAAGUGGAUGUAUUCAGCGCUGAGCCCCUCACAUUGGAACAGAGGACGCUGCCUUCUAUCUAUCCCAGCAAUGUCAACACUGGUUGGCAGCGUCUUUCCGUAGGUUUCAGAUGGGGGGACCUUUGCGACCCUAACUGGAGACGAACAGGGGUCAAACCUGAGGUCUUUUGCAUGCAAACCGGCUGCUCUGCCACUUAGCUCUUCCUCUAAAGAUGAGGCAAGAGUCUAGUCCUCAUCCUUUUGAACAGACAGCUGCUUUUACAGAGGUACCUAGGAAUCGGUUAAACACCAAGCCAGGGUAUUGGUGCAGCGAGUCCUCAGGUUCUUCGUAAAAAAUGUGGGUUUCUAUUUAUCCCCCCUCUGGACAGAAAUGACCCACAGCUCUGCCCAAGAUAAAUCACAGGGGUUUGAAAAAUAUUAGGAGUCCAUUCCUUCUCUUCCUCAAGUUUGCGGAAGGGUUUGCUUCCUAGGCUUAACGAUCGGCAGAAGACGAGAAGCUGGAACGCAACGGCGAUGAGCAAUUUAGGGGUCUUACCAGCCCCGUCUGAGACCCUUCCUGCCCACAGACUGUCUCCCCAGAGUGGUGCAUGCUCUGGUUAUCUCCCGCUUGGACUACUGCAAUGUGCUCUCCGUGGGGCUGCCUUGGAAGGUGACUCAAAAACGGCAACUAAUCCAGAAAGCGGCAGCCAGACUGGGGACUGGGAGUGGAGACCAUAUAUUACCAGUCCUGAAAGACCUACAUUGGCUCCCAGGAUGUUUCCAAGCACAAUUCAAAGUGUUGGCGCUGACCUUGAAAGCCUUAAAUGGCCCAGUAUCCCUGAAGGAGCGUCUCCAGCCCGGACACCGGGGUCCAUCUCCCGAGGGUCUUCUAGCAGUUCCCUCACUGGCAGAGGGCCUUCUCAGUGGUGGCACCCUCCCUGUGGAACCCGUCAAAUGUUAAGGAAAUAAACAACUGACUGACUUUUAGAAGACAUCUGAAGGCUGCCCUGUGUAGGGAAGUUUUCAAAGCUUGGUGUUUUAUUGUGUUUUUAAUAUUCUGUUGGGAGCCGCCCAGAGUGGCUGGGGAAACCCAGUCAGAGGGACAGCAUACAAACAAUAAGAAAUUAUGAUUAUUAUUAUCGUUCUCCACCUGAGGCAGCGGGGACGGCUUGCUUCUGUGUGUGGCACAGGAAGAGACUGGCACUGUUGCAGUGCCACCUUACAACGAUCUGCCAGCUUCUCACCUUUCCAAGGAGGCCGGGCUGUUAAGUGGAAGUGACUUGUUGCCGGCUUUGGGGUCAGGGGGGACGAGUUGCGGUAUAUCUCCCCCAAACUGAGGUCCAGCGCCGAGGGCCUUCUGGCGGUUCCCUCCCUGCGAGAAGUGAGGCUACAGGGAAUCAGGCAGAGGGCCUUCUCGGUGGUGGCACCCGCCUUGUGGAAAUAAACAACUAUUAGUAGACAUCUGAAGGCAGCCUUGCUUUCCGGGACGGCUUCUGCAAAUCAGGAAUGCCUCUGGAAACUUUGAAUAAAGGUAUGAAAUUCACUGCAUGUGCUGGACUUAGAGAAAAUAUGGAACAAAUGAUGUACCAAUGGUACAUCACACCCGUGAAAUUAGAAAAAAUGUACAAAACUGGAGAUAAAACAUGCUGGAAAUGCAAAACCAAAGAGGGUAAUUUCCACCAUAUGUGGUGGACCUGUGAAGAAAUUUAAAAGUUUUGGGGACUUAUAUAUGAUGAAUUAAAAAAAAAAAAUCAAAUAUACCUUUCCUAAAAAACCCGAAGCUUUCCUUUUGGGAAUGAUUGGAGAGGAGAUUAAGAAAGAAGACCAAACAUUGUUUCAAUAUGCUACGGCAACUGCUAGGAUACUGAUAGUACAAAAUUGGAAAACCUCAAAUAUCCCAACUGUCAAAGAUUGGCAAACUAAAUUAUUCGAGUACAUAGAACUAGCAAAGAUGACUCAAAAAAUCAGAUACCAAAAAAGCACAAAGUUUAUUAAUGAUUGGAACAAAUUUAUAACAUACACUGAAACAAAUUUAGGAAAUUUUAAAAUUACAGUAGGUGUAACAUAAAUCCUGCGAUGUGAAGAUAUUGCAAAAUGCAGAAAGGAAAGUUUGUUAUAUAGUCCAAACCGAGAUGGAGGGAAGUCAGUUACUGUUAUGUUGUUAAUUAGUGUGUGUUUGUUGUGUUUUUUUGUGCGUGCUGUUUUGUUGUUGUUUUUUAUGUUGUUGUUUGGUUAAUAGUAAUCAAUAAAAAGAAAUUUUUUUUAAAAAAAGGAAUGCCCCUGGAAAACAGGGACACUUGGAUAGUCCGGAGUAUGCAUUGUUCCGGCGAGGAGGGAGCAUCUUUCUGUGGUUCUCCUCAGGUGUCCAAACGUCUUGCGCCGGCCCUGAGCACAGGAUCCCACCCCCCUCCAGCUCCUAGCCAAUUUGAUCUCGAGAAUUCCCAUCUGCUGGGAGAGGACUCAGCGGAUCAGGGCAGAAAGGGCAAUGCGGUAGAUUCUCUCACUUGCGCGAUGUACGAUGCACUUAAACUCUAACUCUCUCUCUCUCUCUCUCUCUCUCUCUCUCUCUCACACAUUCAUGUUUUGCAAGCUUGUGGUCACGUCCCCCUCCCUCUCCCCAUGCAUUAGUAAUAAGCUCAACAUUGCAGACUGCGGUUACGGCUGAUGGAAAAAACAAAAAACCUCAGAGAAAUUCAAGUUUCCCCGGGGCGAAGCGAGAGGUGACCCUUAUUCGCUCUCUUCCCCCUUUAUAAUGUACCCUGAAAGAGAAUCGCAGAGUUGCAGAGUCAGAAGGGACCCCGAGGGUCAUCUAGUCCAACCCCCCCAAAAAGAGGGUUCCUGGGUGGUGUAGCUUGUUACGGGCACUGAGAGCUGCGAGGGGGCGAGAAAGGAGAGCGAGGGGGGGUGAGCCGCGAGGUGGGCAAGUUUGCCGACGGCACUCAGUCGCUUGUGGGCGAAAUCACGAAGAAGGAAUCUCUCCAAACUGCAAUUCUGCGCGAAGAAGUGUAAAUUCCGGGCGAGAAAUUAUAAUUUCACUUCAACUAGCAGACCAGGAGGGACGCGGGUGGCGCUGUGUGUUAAACCACAGAGCCUAGGGCUUGCCGGUCAGAAGGUGGGUGGUUCGAAUCCCCGCGAUGACAGGGUGAGCUCCCGUUUCUCGGUCCCUGCUCCUGCCAACCUAGCAGUUCGAAAGCACACCAGCACAAGUAGAUCAAUAGGUACCGCUUUGGCGGGAAGGGAAACGGCGUUUCCGUGCGCUGCUCUGGUUCGCCAGAAGCGGCUUAGUCCUGCUGGCCACAUGACCCGGAAGCUGUACGCCGGCUCCCUCGGCCAAUAAAGCGAGAUGAGCGCCGCAACCCCAGAGUCGGCCACGACUGGACCUAAUGGUCAGGGGUCCCUUUACCUUUACCUUUCCACAGUGAAAACAAGGCUCAAGGCGGCUUGCUGGGAACCCUAGACCGGGCGAUCCUUUGGGGAGCCCUAGAGCCCAAGGCUGCUCUGCUGCAGGGAACAGACAGAUUUUGGGGGUCCCCUCUAGCUCAGGCCAAAGGGGAGCUGCCCAUAUAGGCCGGCACUCUGUCCUCACACUGGCCAAAGCGACGAGCAGGAGGAUUCGGACGCGAGAGCGCUAGUCCCCUCUUGCGGUUUCCCAGCCAUCAGAGACGAGGCACAGCCGCCGUGGGUAAACCAGUGCUGCCCCCCAGAUGUGUGGGUGCCCCCUCCCCUUAUCCCCUUGAAUUAAAGAUGAGUUUUUGAGAGGGGGAGUCUGGUCUGCACCUGUCUCUCCCACCGGCCAGAUCUCCCCAAGCUUUGGCAACCUCCCUGCCCCUCUAAUGGGCUUUCACUUCCCCACUUGGCAGCCUGCCCCCCUUCCAUUCGAUGCCACGCUUGGCGGCAGCUGCCAGGGCGCCCCCUCCCUCCCUCUCCCUCUCCCCCAGCCGCCGCCAAACCAGUCUCCUCCCCACCCAAAAUGCCGACGUUUCCCUGCCAAGAACUCCAUUAGGGAAGCUCAUUUCGCCUUGGCAAAGACGGGGAUGCCAGCUUCUCGGGGCAGCCAGGAGGGCGCGUAAAAAUGAUUUCUCUCGGGGAUCCGCUAUCUGACACUGACAGCUGCGGGGGUUUCCCCCCCUCUCCCUUUUUUUCUUUUUGGGUGGGGGCCUGGAAAGGGGUGUCUGCAUAGCCGAGACCUAAGAAGGGAGCCAGUUCUGUUGCAAGGGCUUUUUCCAGGCAGGUAAGACCCACGGCAACCCAAUAUUUGACUUGCUUCGGGGUCAAGGUCUCCCGUGCAGGUGGUCUGAGUUCGAAUCCUCGCUGGCAUUUCCAGAAAGGCAAAGGCGCCCUGGGAGCGGCUGCCAGUCUGUGUCUGCAAUACUGAGCUAGGUGGACCUAGGGGUCUCACUCUGCACCCCUCCUCUAUCCCAAGAUCACAGCCCAUUAAAUCAUCCGGCAGCCAGUAUUCUUACAGCAAUUGGCCCCUUCAGCCACGCUGGCAUUCUUACGCUAUUACCUUAUUUUUAUAUGUAACUUUUUGUUUAAUUUUCUGUUUUGCAAUUUAAAGCACUCGCUUUACAUCCUUCAGAUAUCAGUGGCUUCCUUCCUUCUUCAUUUUGCAUAUCAUAAAUCCCUGCAUAUUUUACAAAAGCCAUACCAAUCGGUUUUCCGUUAUUGCAGCCAUCGAAACUUACUCACACUGCUGAGUUUAUCUUAAUGCUUCCACAGUUUUCAAAUAUACACAAUUUUCACCCAUAUAUUCAAUAAACAUUUUCCAGUCUUCUUUAAUAUGUUCUUUUUGUUCUCUUAUAUUCUGCGUAUAUUCCAUCAGCUCAAGUUGCCAUCCUUCUUCAGUUGGGACCUUGCUCAUUUUCCAUUUUUGGGUUAACAAAACACGGGCCGCAGUAGUAGCAUACAUAAAUAGCCUUUUUUGACACCUGGGAAUUUCUGUCUGAAUUAUCCCCACCAGGAUGGACUCUGGAUUUUUUGGGGAAAGUACUUUUAAACCAUUUUUCCAGUUCAUUAUGGAUCAUUUCCCAAUACUCUUCUUAAAUCCUUUCUGACCCGUGGACUGAGUCACCCCAAUUCUUUUUCUCCCUCGUUCUUUUUCAUAUAUAUUAAUUCCCACCAUGCCUCUUAAAGCAAUGUUUCUGAAACUUGGUUCUCCAGCUGUUUCUAUACUACAACUCCCAUCAUGCCUAGCGAGCGGGACCAGGCAUCAUGGGAACUGUAGUCCAAAAAACCUUAAACCUAAGAAUCAUAGAAUUAUACGGUUGCAAUGCAGGAAUCCCAGCUGAAGAGUCACUAGAGUGGUUGUUCUUUUCCUGGGUAGUAAAGAAAUCUACAGAUUGCUGCUCCCAAAAUUCUGCAACGAGACCGGCUUGCCGCCGCUCAAAGAUGGCAGCGGUGCUUCUGCGGACUUAAAUAUUUUAUAGAAGGCUUUUAAACGCUCUAAGUGCCGGAUGGGUUUUUGGGUCUCGAUCCAAAUGGUGGGUUCUCUUCUGUGCCUUUGGUAGCAGAGAAUCGGUUUCUAUUUUCAUGGGAGAAACGUUGGCGGGGAUGGAAUAGGACGCCCCUAUUUUCAGGGGAGAAACGUUGGAGGGGAUGGAAUAGGACGCCCCUAUUUUCAGGGGAGAAACGUUGGAGGGGAUGGAAUAGGACAUCCCUAUUUUCAUUGGAGAAAUGGAGUUGUGCGAUCCCUGAGCCACAGAGAUAAUCAAAGAUACAACCUUUAGAAGACAUCUGAAGGCAGCCCUGGAUAGAGAAGUUCUUUUGAUGUUUAAUAUUUUUAUAUAUUCUGUUGGAAGCCACCCAGAGCAGCUGGGGCAACCCAGUCAGAUGGGCGGGGUAUAAAUAUUAAAAUGAUGAUGAUGAUGGAAUAGGACAUCCCUAUUUUCAGGGGAGAAACGUUGGAGGGGAUGGAAUAGGAUGUCCCUAUUUUCAUCGGAGAAACGUUGGAGGGGAUGGAAUAGGAUGUCCCUAUUUUCAGGGGAGAAACAUUGGAGGGGAUGGAAUAGGACGUCCCUAUUUUCACGGGAGAAACGUUGGAGGGGAUGGAAAAGGAUGUCCCUAUUUUCAGUGGAGAAACAUUGGAGGGAAUAGAAUAGGAUGUCCCUAUUUUCAGGGUAGAAACGUUGUAGGGGAUGGAAUAGGACGUCCCUAUUUUCAGGGGAGAAACGUUGGAGGGGAUGUUGCAUUUUCCAGAAAUGGGUCUUCAGAAGCGUUUAAUUCCUCUGACCAUGUAGAGUGUAGCCCUUGUGGCUCAAUAAUCCUUUCCACCUCCAGGAAUUUUCCCCCAUCCUCUUUCGAAGCCGUCUAGGUUGGUCCCGUAGUUUAAAGCGGGACGUUUUCUUUUAUCUAUCCUGAAAACAAUAUGGCGGGCAGCCGGAGAGAUAGACAGAUAUUGGGGCAGCUGCUAUCUCUCAAUUCUCCUCUCUGGGAAGACUUUUGAUAAAUAAGCGGCAUUUUUCGCCUCCCUAAUUGCACAAUUAAAGGCGCGCGGUUUAAUUCGCGUGGCCCCAACACAAAGACCUCUCCUCUCUGUGUGUGUGUGUGUGUGUGCCUGCUUUAAUUCCCUCCCUCUCUUGGCAUGAUAGAAGACCCCACCCCACCCAAAAGGGAACCUGAUGCCCACGGCUGGCACCAUUCGACACCACUCUCUCCAAUGCAGGCCGCCUUGGCACCGGUGCCCGUCAGGGAAAACCCAGCAACAGCUGUCGGCCUUGGCACCCCACAGAUGAGGCCGCGCAGAUGGCAGUGCCAGCCUUGGGCAGAUGGGUGGCAGGUGGCGAGGCGACACUCAGCCCCCCCCAAGCCAGCCCAGGAGUGGCUGGGAAAAGAGCCCCUCUCUUGUCUCUGUCCUGGAAGGAAAAAAAAAUCAAGUUAUCGCCAGAUGGCGGCUGGGCAGUGUUGGCAUCGGCCAACUGGCGAAGCAGAAAACAAUGGCUGUGGGGACUGUGUUUUUCCCCCCCAUUGUGGAGGGUGGGUUUUGUUUGUUUGUGAUGGGAGAGGGACCCCACUCCUUUUGAAUGGGCGCAGAUUGCAAAUCCCAGACGCCUCUUAGUUUAGUGGGGAGGGGCGUCAAGAACGCAAGACGCUGGCAUGGGUAAGGAUAAAAAGCAUAGCUGGUAGAUUUGGGGCAAAUCUCUCUUCAACUCAGUGUGCUGUUGGCGAUGCCGGGUUGACCUACGGAACUCUCCGCCACAAGGCGCUGAAAUGGAUGGAGAAGGGAAUCGCCCCUGGGCUUGCUAAAAUCUCUUGGCCGGCUGGAGAAUUUGUUGUUGUUGUCAUUUAGUCGUGUCCGCCUCUUCGUGACCCCCUGGACCAGAGCACACCAGGCCCUCCUGUCUUCCACUGCCUCCCGCAGUUUGGUCAAACUCAUGCUGGUAGCUUCCAGAACACUGUCCCACCAUCUCGUCCUCUGUCGUCCCCUUCUCCUUGUGCCCUCCAUCUUUCCCAACAUCAGGGUCUUCUCCAGGGAGCCUUCUCUUCUCAUGAGGUGGCCAAAGUCUUGGAGCCUCAGCUUCAGGAUCUGUCCUUCCAGUGAGCACUCAGGGCUGAUUUCCUUCAGAAUGGAGAGGUUGGAUCUUCUUGCAGUCCAUGGGACUCUCCAGAGUCUCCUCCAGCACCAGAAUUCAAAAGCAUCCAUUCUUCAGCGAUCAGCCUUCUUGAUGGUCCAGCUCUCGCUUCCAUACAUCACUACUGGGAAAACCAUGGCUUUUACUAUACGGACCUUUGUUGGCAAGGUGAUGUCUCUGCUUUUUAAGAUGCUGUCUAGGUUUGCCAUUGCUUUUCUCCCAAGAAGCAGGCGUCUCUUAAUUUCGUGGCUGCUGUCACCAUCUGGAGAAUAGGAUGGCAGAAUUGGAAUCAUGGGAUGGCAGAGUUGUGAGGAGCCUCCAAAGGACAUCUAGUCGAACCCCGUAUGACGAAGGAAUCCCUGAUUGAUUGAUUGAUUGAUUGAUUGAUUUCAGGGCUUUCUACUCUGAGCUGCAUCUUCUCCUUAAAAAACAACAACACGGUUCUGAAUAAAGGGCCGAUUUAACUUGAAGCAGACGAAUAGGGUCACAGAAUUGUAGAGGUGGAAAGGGACCUCAUCCAUUCCAACCCCCUACAAUUAAGGAAUCUUUUGCCCAGCGUCGGUACUCGAACCCGUGACCUUGAGAUUAAGAUUUGCGUAGCUAGGAUUUCAGGCAGGGGGCGACCUCAACAGUAGCCAGAGAAGCCAUUGGGGUUAUUAUUAAUAGGAGUCUCCAUUUUAAACUGUGUUUUUAACCUGUGUUUUAAAUCGGUCCAUCCCCCCAAUAUUAUGCUUUUAUUGUAGUUUUACUGGUGUUAGCCGCCCUCUGGCCGGGGAGGGCGGGGUAUAAAUAAAAAAAUGAUAUUAUUAUUAUUGUUUAUUAAACUUAUUCGUGGCUCGUCACUCAAAGAUUUCGAAGCGACUUGCGGCAAGGGGGGGAAUAUUCCUGCGUUUUGCAGCGGGUUGGGCUGGAUGGCCUUUGGGUGCCUUCUCUGAAAUAUCUGAAAUCUAUGGAAAAUAUAUACAAUACCAUAGGGGUUUUAAAAAUGGGGGGGGUGUCACAUAAUUUUUUUAAAAAAAGCCUUCUGUGAGUAUUUGGAGCAAAGGGUGAAAUUCUAAACCGGCUCUGGGGGAGGAAAGGAAAAAGGGGGAAAAUUCAGUUCCUCCUCCUCUCUGCUUUUCCAUUCCUCCUCGCCCUGGCCAGGAAUGUGGGUCAGACCCGCCCAGGGAAUGGGCUGGGGUUUGCCUGUGCCAGGGGUCAGGCGAGGACGAGGCGGGGCAGAGACGCAAGCACAUUCGGGGCUUAAAGGCGCAGGGACCUCGCCUGGCCACGACUAAAAGACUAAACAACAACAAAGCAGGCAUUGGGCAGUAUCCAGUUAAGUUCUUUCCAGGCUAGGUCCUUGGCGAUUAAAGAACCUACGCUCACAGAAGCUCACUGUCUCUGCCUCUUUGUCACCCUUCUGGGUUCACCUAUUGCAUCAGAAAAAUGCCCAGAUCAGGCACUCCUGCAGAGAUGCAACAGGAACCUCCGCUGAGACGGAGUUAAUUCUGUUUGCACCUUUGCAUUGGUGAAACACCCCACAUAUAGAACCGCAUGCAAAAGCACCUCCCCUCACCGACACAGAAGCAGCGCAAAAGCGACAUUUCAUACAGAGAUGCGCCGGGCACCCUCCUCUGUGGGCUUCUCUCUUUUUUUGCGGCCCGGAAAAAAGUAUUUAAUCAAAUGCAAGGGGUACACAUUGUUGUUGUUGUUGUUUAGUCAUUUAGUCGUGUCCGCCUCUUCGUGGCCCCCUGGACCAGAGCACGCCAGGCCCUCCUGUCUUCCACUGCCUCCCGCAGUUUGGUCAAACUCAUGCUGGUAGCUUCGAGAACACUGUCCCACCAUCUCGUCCUCCGUCGUCCCCUUCUCCUUGCGCCCUCCAUCUUUCCCAACAUCAGGGUCUUUUCCAGGGAGUCUUCUCUUCUCCUGAGGUGGCCAAAGUCUUGGAGCCUCAGCUUCAGGAUCUGUCCUUCCAGUGAGCACUCAGGGCUGAUUUCCUUCCGAAUGGAUCGGUUGGAUCUUCUUGCAGUCCAUGGGACUCUCAAGAGUCUCCUCCAGCACCAGAAUUCAAAAGCAUCCAUUCUUCGGCCAUCAGCCUUCUUGAUGGUCCAGCUCUCACUUCCAUACAUCACUACUGGGAAAACCAGAGCUUGAACUAUACGGACCUUUGUUGGCAAGGUGAUGUCUCUGCUUUUUAAGAUGCUUUCUGAGGCAAGGACCAGCUUCUACAGAGUUGCGCCGGGCACCCUCCUUUGCAAACAUGCCUUUUCAGGGGCUCACAAGUAUAUCAUAAAACGCUGGCACCCCCCAGCACCACCGGGGUGUGUGUGGAAAUGAUAGCCCUAAGAUAUUGCAGCCGCUGUUAAGGCGCAGGAGCAAAGGCAAGGGGGGUAAGUUGGCAACUGCCUUGACGCUGCCCUUCCUCUCUCUCUCUCUCUCCCCCUCCACGCCCCCCCCCCCCAAAGCUUCAGGCUCCAUCGGCCAGACCAACUCUGGCAGAUUCAGCCAGGAUUUGCAGCGGGAACAAAUUGUUUCACCCUGGCGAUUAUAUAAGCGGCGGAGGCGAUUAUACAAUCAGGGAUCUUCCGGGUUUUAUAUAAAGGGCUGUUGUGUUCUCUGUGUGUGUUGAAACUCAGACUCUGUGGUCCUGGGAAAUGUGUUUUGUGGGGGGUUACUUUUUGCAGAGGGAGAGGGUUGUGCUUUAAGGGGGGGCUGUUUCAAUUUCAUAUAUACAUUUAAACACAUGCACACAUGUAUUUGAUUUCUACAUACACACACGUGCCGUCUGAAUUGCUGCAGCCCACAAUUCUUACCAACCUCGCACCCUCGUAUUUUAAAACCUGAACUUCUGCUCAAACGAAGGAAGGGGGGGAGGAAAAAUCUAAAUUUCCAGCAGCCCGGGGUGUGUGUGUGUGUUUUGCAACGCCUCCCCUGCUGGGCGUGUGGGACGCAUUGUUAAAAAGUUUGCAGACUUCAGACUCGCUUUCUGGUUUUCCUAAAGAGCACACUCACACACGCUUCUUCAGAAAUGGGGACGGACUUCUCUUGUGAGUUCUGUGUCUUCACUUUUUCAAUCUUUUUUUAAAAAAAAUAAAUAUUAAAGAUUUUCUUGUGAUACAAGUUUGAUAAAACUGGAGAAAAGUACAAUGGGCAGAAACACUUUUUUCCCAGUCUUAAACUCCGUCCCCCAGAUUUCUGCAGCGGUGAUAUCCAUUUCUUCUUUCUAUCUCUCUUUUAAUAGGAGAGUUCGAAGGGACCACGUAGGUAUCUAUUAUUUAUUCCGACACCCCCUCUCAAUAUAGGAAUCUUUAGCCCAACGUGGGGUUCGAAACCACAGCUCUGAGAUUAAGAGCCUUACGCUCUUAUCUCAGCCGAAUUUUCAAAAAAAAUGCAUAUUCGGUCUGCGAAUCUUUUAACAAAAAUUGUAAAAAGAAAUCCCCAUGAAAAUUCAUAAAGCAUCGAAUUACGGCACUCAUAUUUUGCAUCCAGCUGAAAUUUGGGAGCCCAAACCUCACAGCUGGUGGUGAGAAGGGGCAUUAAGUUUGGGAGGGUCACAAUUACCCCCGAGCCUCAGUGGUGCUCACCUGUAAAAUGGGCAACCUGGACAACAGAGGCUUCCUAUGGGGCACAGAUGGGGGAAAUUGUGUCGCUACUGGGCUACACUUAUAAACGCCAACUCCUCAAAAGAUUCCAUCAACGGUGUCUCCGAAAAAUUCUACAUAUCACUUGGGAAGACAGGCGAACUAAUGCCAGUGUACUGGAAGAAGCAAAGAUCUCCAGUAUCGAAGCAACAUCAACUUCGUUGGACUGGUCAUAUUGUGCGGAUGCCUGAUGAUCGUCUUCCAAAGCAACGCCUCUAUUCCGAACUUAAAAAUGGAAAGCGUAAUGCUGGUGGUCAGCAAAAGAGGUUCAAAGACUCUCUCAAGGCAAAUUUGGGGUGUGGGUGGCGCUGUGGUCUAAACCACAGAGCCUAGGGCUUGCCAAUCAGAAGGUCGGCAGUUCGAAUCCCCGCAAUGACGGGGUGAGCUCCCGUUGCUUGGUCCCUGCUCCUGCCCACCUAGCAGUUCAAAAGCACGUCAAAGUGCAAGUAGAUGAAUAGGUACCGCUCCAGUGGGAAGGCAAACGGCAUUUCCGUGCGCUGCUCUGGUUCUCCAGAAGCAGCUUAGUCAUGCUGGCCACAUGACCCGGAAGCCGUAUGCCGGCUCCCUCGGCCAGUAAAGCGAGAUGAGCGCCGCAACCCCAGAGUCGUCCGCAACUGGACCUAAUGGUCAGGGGUCCCUUUAUCUUUACCUUUAAGACAAUUUUUUAAAAAUGUAGUAUAAACACCAACAACUGGGAAACACUGGCCUGCGAGCGCUCCAGUUGGAGAAUAGCCUUUCCCAAAGGUGUCCUGGGCUUUGAAGACACUCGAACUCAGGACGCAAGGGACAGACAUGCUAAGAGGAAGGCACGUUUGGCAAACCCUCACUGGGAUCAAUUCCCGCCCGGAAGCCUAUGUCCCCACUGUGGAAGGACGUGUGGAUCCAGAAUUGGCCUCCACAGUCGCUUACAGACUCACUGCUAAAACCGUGUUUAUGGAAGACAAUCUGACUCGGCUACGAGGGAUCGCCAAAGAAGAACUCCCAGCAACCUUGACCAUUGGGCUGGCAACAUCUGGAGGGGCACAGAGGUUCCCCCAACAUUUGGUAUGGCAGCUGUCAAGAGCCUCAAAACAGUGGCCGCAGACUGGAUGGACAUUGGGUUUUUGAGUCGGGGGGAAAUUCCCGGCUUGAGUAACUCCUGUCUUCUUCAACCCUAACAUUCUUUCUUGCUUUCCUUCUCUUCCUCUUCUUCUCCCUUUUGCAUUCUCUCCCCCCCCUCUCCACGGGGAGGGGGCCCUCCCCCAGCUAGCCGCCUCUGAUGGGAACUGCGGCCUGUCGUAACCGUAAUUGCUCGGGAAAACAUCCAAGCCCAAGAGGCCUUUGAAGGAGGAGGCGGCGAAUCUGCAGAAUGUACGGCUACCGGCGGGUAGCCACAAUGGCUGUGUCCCCCCUUGCCGCCGCCUUCACUGCCAGAGGCCGUUGAAUGCCUAUUUCUGCAAAACCGCAAGAGGGGAGAGUUGCUCUCAGGUCAGAAGACGGAGCAAGCUGGUUUUCUCCUCCGGAGGAGGGUAAGACUUGAACCCACGACUUCAAGCGACAAGUAAGGAGCUUCCGACUCAACAUCAGGAAGGACUUUCUGACAGGGAGAGCUGAUGGAUGGUGGUGAAGUCUCCAUCCUUGGAGGUUUUUAAGCAGAGGUUAAAGGGCCAUCUGUCGGGGAUGCUUUGGCCCAGAUUCCUGCAUUCCGUGCGGUUGGACUAGAUGCCUCUGGGGGUCCCUUCGAACUCUAAGAUUCUACGAUGCUACGAAAGCAAGAAAAACACCGUAAAAACUCAAAGGACGGUUGCCCCGUCGGUCAGAACGCUGUAAUUCUCCACCCAGAGAAAGAUAAAAGAAGGAGACUGUUUUGGGGACUACAGUUCCCAUGAUGCCUGGUCCCGCUAGCUAGGCAUGCUGGGAGUUGUAGUGCAGAAACAGCUGGAGAACCAAGUUUCAGAAACACUGAUUUAAGAGGCAAGGUGAGAAUGAAAGAGAAUAUAUACAUAUAUAUGAAAAAGAACGAGGGAGAAAAAGAAUCAGGGGCGAUUCCGUCCACGGGUCAGAAAGGAUUUAAGAAUAGUAUUGGGAAAUGAUCCAUAAUGAACUGAAAAAAUGGUUUAAAAGUACUUUCCCAAAAAAAUCCAGAGUCCUUUGUGUUGGGGAUAAUUCAGACGGAAAUUCCCAGGUGUCAGAAAAGGCUAUUUAUGUAUGCUGCUACUGCGGCCCGUGUUUUGUUAACCCAAAAAUGAAAAACGAACGAGGUCCCAACCGAAGAAGGAUGGCAAAUUGAGCUGAUGGAAUAUACGCAGCUUGCUUUAAGAGUCAUUGUGGGAAUCGAAGAGACUAAUAAUAAUAAUAAUAAUUUAUACCCUGCCCAUCUGGCUGGGUUUCCCCAGCCACUCUGGGUGGCUCCCAACAGAAUAUUAAAAAUAGAAUCAAACAUUAAAAGCUUCCCUAAACUGUCAGAUGUCUUCUAAAAGUCAGAAAGCUGUUUAUUUCCUUGACAUCUGAUGGGUGCCACCACCGAGAAGGCCCUCUGCCUGGUUCCCUGCCACCUCGCUUCUCUCAGGGAGGGAACCCCCAGAAGGCCCUCGGGAGAGGGACCCUGGUGUCCGGGCUGGACGAUGGGGUUGGAGACUCUCCUUCAGGUAUAUGAAAACAAUAACAAUUUAUUAUUUAUACCCCACCCAUCUGGCUGGGUUUCCCCAGCCACUCUGGGCAGCUUCCAACACAAUAUUAACAUAAAGUAAUGCAUCAAACAUUAAAAACUCCCCUAAAAAGAACGAGGGAGCUAGAGAAUUAGGGAUCCCUGCAGGGAUUAAAGGUAAAGGGACCCCUGACCAUUAGGUCCAGUCGCGGCCGACUCUGCGGUUGCAGCCCUCAUCUCACUUUAUUGGCCGAGGGAGCCGGCAUACAGCUUCCGGGUCACGUGGCCAGCAGGACUAAGCCGCUUCUGGUGAACCAUAACAGCGCAUGGAAAUGCCGUUUACCUUCCCACCGGAGUGGUACCUAUUUAUCUACUUGCACUUUGACAUGCUUUCGAACUGCUAGGUGGGCAGGAGCAGGGACCGAGCAACGGGAGCUCACCCUGUACUGGGGAUUCGAACCGCCGACCUUCUGAUCGGCAAGCCCUAGGCUCUGUGGUUUAACCCACAGCGCCACCCAAAUCCUCGGAGAGGAUUCUAGUCCUCAGCUUUGAUUUGCAACCAAACCGCAGGUCCUUUCCCCCUCCGGCCAAUGGGGAGGGAACAAAGGCCGUUCUCUCCCCAGCUUUCCAAAGGGCGAGGAUUCGAAGCAGCAGCAGCAGAAGCCGGGGCGUGAGCAGUCCAGGCCAGCGCUUGAGGUUUUUAAAAUGCAGCUAGGUGCCUGGUGUUGCAAAUGAGAUGUUGAAUCGAUGGCUUCGAUCCAGGUCACAAGAGUCAGGGCUUGGCCGGGCUCCUCUCCUCUCUGUGAAGAAGAAAACAAGCUAUCGAUUUGCUUGGCUCAGCCGUUUCCUCCUUGCCUCCACACUCACCCACCCACCCAAAAAGAACUUUUUGAGGCUCCUUUGCUCCGGUUUAAGCCGUUCCUUGCCAGCCGCCGGGGGCAUCUGCCGACAGCCGAAAAAAUAAUGGUAUUGAUUGUCAAAAGGAGCUAAGGAGACGCCUCUCCAGCCCAGCACCUCGCAGCGGGGCAACCGGGUGCCUGCGAAAACCCCCGGGAUCAGGAUUUGAACUCAAGUGUAGCUCUCCCCUCCUGCGGUUCCCAGCAGCUGGGAUUCGGGACUUGAUCAAUGGGAUCUUUGAAAUUGUAAUGGGGGCAGGGGGAGAACUAGAAAAUCAGAAGGAAAUGAUGAGUGCUGGAAGGAAGGAGGAGGAAGGAAGAAUAAAGAGGGUGAUGUGGAAGAUAACGAAUGGAUGUUCUGUAACACAGUAGAGUCUUGCGACCAACAAGAUCAGUCUCAGGGUUGAGACACCUGUCCAUCUCAAGAGACAAUGUAGUUUGCCUUCGGGCAAGUGUGGAAGACUCCCUGGUCCUGAAUGGGGUGACUGUGCCCCCGAAGGACCAGGUGCGCAGCCUGGGGGUCAUUUUGAACUCACCGCUGUCCAUGGAGGUGCAGGUCAGUUCUGUGUCCAGUUCGGCUGUCUGCCAGCUCCAUCUGGUACGCAGGAUGAGACCCUACCUGCUUGCGCACUGUCUCGUCAGAGUGGUCCAUGCUCUGGUUAUCCCCUGCUUGGACUACUGCCAUGCGCUCUCCGUGGGGCUACCUUUGAAGGUGACCCAGAAACUGCAACUAAUCCAGAAUGCGGCAGCUAGACUGGGGACUGGGAGUGAAGACCGUAUAACACCGGUCCUGAAAGACCUACAUUGGCUCCCAGGACGUUUCCGAGCACAAUUCAAAGGGUUGGUGCUGACCUUGAAAGCCCUAAAUGGCCCAGUAUCCCUGAAAGAGCUUCUCCACCCCCAUCGUUCUGCCCGGACACCAGGGUCCAUCUCCCGAGGGCCUUCUGGCGGUUCCCUCCCUGUGAGAAGCAAGGUUACAGGGAACCAGGCAGAGGGCCUUCUCGGUGGUGGCACCCGCCCUGUGGAAAGAUAGCUGCUUAUUUCCUUCACAUCUGAAGGGAGGGUGUUCCACAGGGUGGGCGCCACUACCGGGAAGGCCCUCUGUCUGGUUCCCUGUAACCUCACUUCUCACAAUGAGGGAACCACCAGAAGGCCCUCAAAGAUGGAUCUCAGUGUCCGGGCUGAAUGAUGGCGGUGGAGACGCUCCCUCAGGUAUACAGGACCGAGGCUGUUUAGGACUUUAAAGGUCAGCACCAACACUUUGAAUUGUGUUAGGAAAUGUACUGGGAGCCAAUGCAGAUCUCUCAGGACUGGUGUUAUGUGGUCCCGGCGCCCUCUCCCAGUCCCCAGUCUGGCUGCCGCAUUCUGGAUUAAUUGCAGUUUCCGGGUCACCUUCAAAGGGAGCCCCGCAUAGAGUGCAUUGCAGUAGUCCAAGCAGGAGAUAACCAGAGCACACACCACUCUGGCCAGACAGUCUGCAGGCAGGGAGGGUCUCAUCCUGCGUACCAGAUGGAGCUGCCCUGGACACAGAAUUCACCUGCGCCUCCAUGGAAAGCUGUGAGUCCAAAAUGACUCCCAGGCUGCGCACCUGGUCCUUCGGGGGCACAGUGACCCCAUUCAGGACCAAGGAGUCCUCCAUACCUGCCCGCUCUCUGUCCCCCCAAAACAGUACUUCUGCCUUGUCAGGAUUCAACCUCAAUCCGUUAGCCACCAUCCAUCCUCCAACCGCCUCCAGGCACUCACACAGGACCUUCACCGGUUCUGAUUUAAAAUACCCCUGAAGAGUAGACCCCAUCAAAACCAAUGACUCUUGAGCUAGUCCUUCCAUUUUCUCGGAUCUGCUCUGUGUACAGCUAGCGCCGGGAACCAAACCCUUCCUCCAAACAAUAAUUCGCGCCGAGAAAAGCCACUUCGCCUCUCGAUCCAGAUAGCAACACAUUCGCUCUUCCGGCCGGCGAAGAAUUCAAACGUCUACCGGGGAGGAGGGAGCCCGCCAGAGGCAUGGCGAUGAUGCAGACAUCAGAAAAUUAAAGGGCCUUUAAUGAAUAAAUGGAACAUUUGCGUCGGACUGGUGUAGACAGGGUGGCGAGCUCAGAAGGGCAACGAGGGAGAUAUUCACAAUAAGCAUCUCUGGAGGAAGAAGAAGAAGAAGCGAGGGAGAGAUUCUACCCACCAGUUUGGAAACUGGUUAAGGGGCUUCCGUGCUGGUCUGGAGUCUGGAUUUGGUUUCACGCACGGUCCGAAACAAACUGCUAAGGAGAGCCUUGCUGUAUCGAUCCAUUUUUUUAAAUAAAGAAAUAAUUUAUUGGGUUUUUCAGAUUAAAAUUUUCCAACAUAAAAACAAGAUUCCAGAGAAUGUCCUGGACUUCCCUCCUGCCCUUUGUGGGUCCCGUUGUUCAUCAUUUCCUCCCGCAUCUUUUAUGAUAAUCCAAACGCAGGUGGCGCUGUGGGUUAAACUACAGAGCCUAGGACAUGCCGAUCAGAAGGUCAGCGGUUCGAUUCCCCAUGACGGGGUGAGCUCCCGUUGCUCGGUCCCUGCUCCUGCCAACCUAGCUGUUCGAAAGCAUGUCAAAGUGCAAGUAGAUAAAUAGGUACCACUCCGGCGGGAAGGUAAACGGCGUUUCCGUGCACUGCUCUGGUUCGCCAGAAGCAGCUUAGUCCUGCUGGCCACAUGACCCGGAAGCUGUACGCCGGCUCCCUCGGCCACUAAAGCGAGAUGAGCUCCACAACCCCAGAGUCGUCCGCGACUGGACCUCAUGAUCAGGGGUCCCUCUACCUUUACCUAUAUUACCAAUAAAGAGUUUGUGAGCGUUUGCUCAAAACCUGCCCAGGAGGCCAUGGAGGGCUGCCAACAAACGCGGGACAGGAACUGGGAAGCGCCUGAGAGAAUACCCUUCAACAUUCUGGGCUGCAUCAAUAGGAGUAUAGCAUCUAGAUCAAGGGAAGUAAUAGUGCCACUGUAUUCUGCUCUGGUCAGACCUCACCUGGAGUACUGUGUCCAGUUCUGGGCACCACAGUUCAAGGAGGACACUGACAAACUGGAACGUGUCCAGAGGAGGGCAACCAAAAUGGUCAAAGGCCUGGAAACAAUGCCUUAUGAGGAACGGCUAAGGGAGCUGGGCAUGUUUAGCCUGGAGAAGAGGAGGUUAAGGGGUGAUAUGAUAGCCAUGUUCAAAUAUAUAAAAGGAUGUCACAUAGAGGAGGGAGAAAGGUUGUUUUCUGCUGCUCCAGAGAAGAGGACACGGAGCAAUGGAUCCAAACUACAAGAAAGAAGAUUCCACCUAAACAUUAGGAAGAACUUCCUGACAGUAAGAGCUGUUUGACAGUGGAAUUUGCUGCCAAGGAGUGUGGUGGAGUCUCCUUCUUUGGAGGUCUUUAAGCAGAGGCUUGACAACCAUAUGUCAGGAGUGCUCUGAUGGUGUUUCCUGCUUGGCAGGGGGUUGGACUCGAUGGCCCUUGUGGUCUCUUCCAACUCUAGGAUUCUAUGAUUCUAUGAUUUUUCUGACGAAAAUAGGGACGUCCUAUUCAGUCAUCACCAUAAUAACAAUUUUACUGUUUAUACCCCACCCAACUGACUGGGUGUUCCCAACUGCUAUAGUUGUAGUUAUAAUUUGUGGGUCACCAUCUGAUCUUAUUCUGAUCUUAAUUUGAAUUUAAGCUGUGUUUUAAUCGAUUGCUUGACUUUAUGUUUUAUGUUCUUUUUAGGGGGGAGGGGAAAAACAGGGGGGAAUGAGGAUGAUGUAUUUUUGAUCAAUUAUGUUAAAAUCCCUAAUAAAAAAUAUUUAAUAAUAAUUUUUAAAAAACCACUUCCGGAAUAUUGUGCGUAUAAAAAACAACCCGAAACCUUUGCAAAUGGGACGAGGAAGGGAAAAGCUCCUGUCCUUUUCCUCUCCCUGCCUUUUCUCGCUUAGUUCCCCGUGAGACGCUUUGCUACGGACCGCGCCUCUUUGCCAACAAGUACCGGCCAGUGGCUCCGUUCCGGAACCGAAAUGAAAAAUAUAUCGAGAGAGAGGGUGUGUGUUUUUGUAUGCUGGUGCGGAGACAACCCUCCCCUAUUCCUGAGCCCAACGGCCUGGCGCCCUUCCCUCUCUCUUGGCAGGCAAUUUGCCUCUUUGCACAGAGAGGAAUUCUCCAAAAAAAAUUGUUAAAAGAUGGCUGCCAAGUGGGGAAGGAACUUUUCGGAACGGCGGCGGGUCGCGGGGUGUCCUUUCGCUGCUUGCAAAAUGGCUGCUUGCAAACGGUUGCGCAUGCAUGCGCCGUCGCGCAUGAGAGAGGAGGAGGAGGAGCUGCGGGGAGAUAGCGGUUGGCAUUUAGGACCGUCCGGGAAAAGGCUGGAGGCCUGGAACGAGACUUUUUUUUUUUUUUGAAAAUAAAUAUAUAUAUAUAUAUAAGCUGCGAGAGCAAGAGCCAAAAUUCCAUGUCCAAAGUAAACAGCUGGCAAACUGUGUGUUCUUUUCGGUUGGAAGCCUCGUCUCUCUCUCUCUCUCUCUCUUUUCCACCCCCCCUUUCUCUUUCUCUCGUUUCCUCCCUCUUCUCCCUCCCUCGAUUUAAAAUAAAUAAAAUAAAAUCCGAUUCCCUCUCCUUUUGAGAGACUAUGGAGCUAAGGGGAAAGAGAGAGGGAAGGGGGAAGAAAACAAAAUUUAAAAAAAGAGAUUUCCGCAUGGUGGUUUGCCCACGUUGGCACAUAUUUUAAAAAAAAGAAACAUCACUUUGGGUCAUUUCGUCAGAUUCUUGGGGGUCUUUGGAGUCCGUAGGGAAUCGAGUUUGCCGACCGCAGCAAUUGAGUGGUGUUUGGCACGUUUUCCCAUGGCGGUGUAGCAACCUUGACAUUUUAACUUUAGGUUUGUUUUUGGGGCGGAGGGGCAAAGGCAAAUUUUUUUGGGGGGUGUUCCUUUCCCUGCUCUCCACGUGGUCCGUUCUCCCCCCGCCCCAUCCUCCUGCUGUUCCUCCCCAUCUCCGAGGUUUCGAACUCGGCACAAAAUGGCCGUUGGUGGGGUGGGUGGGGCGCCGUGGGCCAGCAGGGAAGGGGGAGGCUACAAAAUGGCCUCCCCCUGGCUGCUGACACUCGCCACGUGUUGGGAAGGUGUGUAAACACUCCCCAUUUUGCUUUCAAAUUCCCCCCCCGGGCACAAAUUGUGCAAACACACUCCAACACCAUGUCUGCAUGCAAACAAAAUUCGCACAAACAAAAUGGAGGGGAACGGGACGACCACCCCAUAAUUUCCAGCCAAGGAAAAGCAUGCCACAUGUUUCCAAAAUAAAUUUUUUUUUGGGGGGGUGGCAUUUUGUGAUAGGGACAAACGAAAGGUACAGAUGCAAAACGGGACGACCACCCCAUAAUUUCCAGCCAAGGAAAAGCAUGCCACACAUUUCCAGAACAAAAAAAAAUAUUUUUUUGCGGGGGGGUGCCAUUUUGCGAUAGGGACGAACCGAAGGUGCAGAUGCAAAACGGCACCCUGAAUGGGACGUUCUCGGGUCCCCGUCCUCGCCGGUAACCCUUUCCGUACAACCGCGGGACGGAUCCGGACGGAGAGGCUGCGAAACGGGACGCCCAGGGAGGCCUGUGGGUUUUGGGAGCCCGAAAGUAAGCAAGCCUGCAAAUCGGAGAGAGAGAGAGAGAGAUGGAAAGAGAUACGGGGAGGAGAAAUAUUUUGGCAGGGUGCUCUGGCACCGGCCCAGUUCCCGAAGCCGGGAGUGAGCUGCGCAGAUGAAAACAGGGGGCCAGGAUUUUGAAGGGAGAGUUCGGACAAACGCCAUCGUUGGCAACUCUCCUGGACGGGUUAUUCCUCCCCUUGUCGUCGUCUUUUUUGGCUCGUGGUAUCCGGCUGGGCACGGCCUCCGCGUUUUAUUAACCACAGCUGAGCUCGAGUCUGCAUAGCAGUUGCGCCGCUCUGUGCAGGUGAGCGGCGUUUUAAAAACAGAAAAGAAAUGGGAAUCAGGCCCUGUUUCCCAGGGGCAGCCCAGGAUUCGCAGAAGCUGUCCCGGUUUCCGAUCCGACCCCCAAAAUGUCCCAUUAGUAAUUUCGAUACACACGCACGCCCUCCAAUGUUUGCAUUCAUAUUUCAAGAUGGCUGCUGCUGAAAGACUCUGAGAUUUGAAUUGAGUACGCCCGCCGUGUCUCUGCACGAGUCCCUGAUCUUGCAAUCAGAAGGUCUGUUCAGAACAGAAACUCAUGCAGAAGCAAUAGGCAAACCCUCCAAACGUCCCUAUUUUUCAGGGACAGUCCCGGAUUUACUGAAGCCGUCCCGGUUUCUGAUCUGACCCCGGAGUGUCCCUUAGGCUGCCCCUAUUUUAAUUGGAGUAAUGUUUGAAGGUGUGGAGUUAUUUUUCUUAUAUUCAACUAAUAAAAUAUUUUUUAAAAAGAGGAAAUAAGUAACUAUGGAACCCUGAGAAGAUCUCCGAAGGCAGCCCCGUAGAGGGAAGGGUUUUUUGAUGUUUGAUGUUUUAUUAUGCUUUUAUAUGUGUUGGAAGCUGCCCAGAGUGGCUGAGGCAACACAGUCGGAGAAGUGGAGUAUAAAUAAGAAAAGGAUGAUGAUGUUGGAAUAGGUAAAGGUAAAGGGACCCCUGACCAUUAGGUCCAGUCGUGGCCGACUCUGGGGUUGCAGCGCUCAUCUCGCUUUACUGGCCGAGGGAGCCGGCGUACAGCUUCCGGGUCAUGUGGCCAGCAGGACUAAGCCGCUUCUGGCGAACCAGAGCAGCGCACGGAAACGCCGUUUACCUUCCCGCCGGAGCGGUAUCUAUUUAUCUACUUGCACUUUUGACAUGCUUUCGAACUGCUAGGUGGGAAGGAGCAGGGACCGAGCAACGGGAGCUCACCCCAUCAUUGCAGGGAUUCGAACCGCCGACCUUCUGAUCGGCAAGUCCUAGGCUCUGUGGUUUAACACACAGAAUAGGACACCCCUAUUUUCAUUGGAGAAAUGUGGGAGGGUAUGGAAAAGGACAUCAGCAUUCGACAAUCGAGGUCCUGCUGUACUUCAAAGGUGAUUAUAAACAUAACAUAAAAACUUAAAAAGAUUAAAAACAAGGACAAACGGUUAAAAGCAACCACAGUGGUCCCUUGGUUCUCAAACGCCUUGGUACUCAAACAACUUGGAACCCGAACACUGCAAACCUGGAAGUAAGUGUUCCGGUUUGCAAACUUUUUCCGGAAGCAGAACGUGCUCCGAUUUGUUACGCUGAGGUCUGUUUUUGCUAUUUAUUUUGCGUUUUUGCAGCGUUUUGUUUUUGUGACUGUGUGGAACCCAGUUCGGUUACUGACGGAUUGAUUGUGUGACUGCAGUACAUUGUUUGUUGCUUUCAUUUUAUGGAUCGACGUUCUCGCUAGAUAGUGAAAUCCAUGUUUAAUUGCUGUUUUAGGAGUUGUUUUUAAAAGUCCAAAACGGAUUAAUCCGUUUCUCAUUCCUUUCUAUGGGAAAGCAGCACGCCUUGGUUUUGGAACGCUUUGGUUUCGGAAUGGAAUUUCCGGAACGGAUUAAGUUUGAGAACCAAGGCACCACUGUAUAAAGGAGGUAGCCUCAAUUCAUUGUGUUGUUGUUGAGUCGUUUGCUCGUGUCCGCCUCUUGGUGACCCCCUGGACCAGAGCAUGCCGGGCCCUCCUGUCUUCCACUGCCUCCCGCAGUUUGGUCAAACUCAUUCUGGUCGCUUCGAGAACACUGUCCCACCAUCUCGUCCUCCGUCGUCCCCUUCUCCUUGUGCCCUCCAUCUUUCCCAACAUCAGGGUCUUUUCCAGGGAGUCUUCUCUUCUCAUGAGGUGGCCUAAGUCUUGGAGCCUCAGCUUCAGGAUCUGUCCUUCCAGUGAGCACUCAGGGCUGAUUUCCUUCCGAAUGGAGAGGUCUGAUCUUCUUGCAGUCCAUGGGACUCUCAAGAGUCUCCUCCAGCACCAACAUUCAUUGUGUACCAUCAAUAAUUUUUAAGUAUCUAGUAGGGUCUCAGCUGCCCCCUCUCCCCCCCCCCACGGCCACAUCUAUGACACCCAUGGGAAGAAAGCCCCCGGUUCAAAAAACGACUCCUGGUUCAAGGAUCAGCAGGGAACGUGCUGAUUUCUGCAGAAGGAAGAGAAAGAGGGGUUUGCCUGUGGGGCGUUUUGUCUGUGGGUGGGGGGCUGAGAAAGAGCAGAGCCUGGGCUGGCAGAGCGGAGUAGGGGGGGCCGGUUGUCUAAUCCAGGAUGCUACUAGGAACCAUAAGUGCUGAGCUCAGCGUCUGCUCUGCUGACGGCCCGGAGAGCCUGAUUAUUUUUAGAUAAGAUGGAAAGCCUGGAACGGAGAGUUCUGGGCUGCAGCCCGGCCGAGGCGUGAGCUGUGUUUCUGAUGAAGGAGGGAGGAGGGGGCCGGCGAGUCGGGUGUGGGGAAGCGAGUUGCUGCAGUGGGUGAGUUUUUUCUCCCCACCUCUCUCUGCACGGAGAGUCCCCGUGGCUCUCCCUUCAAGGAAGGCCCGGUCCGGCGCGCACACACCACAAAAACUGCAGCAGAAAGUCACCUGGUUACAACGCAAUCUCACCCAAGCAUUUACGCCCAGGGUUUUGCAACCUUUUUGGGCCCACGGCUCCCUCGAACUACAGUGGUACCUCAGGUUAAGUACUUAAUUCGUUCCGGAGGUCCGUUCUUAACCUGAAACUGUUCUUAACCUGAAGCACCACUUUAGCUAAUGGGGCCUCCCGCUGCUGCCGCGCCGCCGGAGCACGAUUUCUGUUCUCAUCCUGAAGCAAAGUUCUUAACCCAAGAUACUAUUUCUGGGUUAGCAGAGUCUGUAACCUGAAGCGUCUGUAACCUGAAGCGUAUGUAACCCGAGGUACCACUGUAUAGGCUAAACAAGCUCCAGCUUAGGGCCCCACUGUCUUGGGCCCCCCAAAAAAAUUUAAAGGGGAAAAAAACUUGAUGUAUAUUUCCAAAAUAUAAGCUAAGAAACAAAUACAGUGGCACCUCGGGUUAAGUACUUAAUUCGUUCCGGAGGUCCGUUCUUAACCUGAAACUGUUCUUAACCUGAAGCACCACUUGAGCUAAUGGGGCCUCCUGCUGCUGCCGCCUCGCCGCCGGAGCACGAUUUCUGUUCUCAUCCUGAAGCAAAGUACUUAAGCCGAGGUACUAUUUCUGGGUUAGCGGAGUCUGUAACCUGAAGCGUAUGUGACCUGAGGUUCCACUGUACAUUUGUCUGUGGCACAACUGUGGGGCUCAGGAGCCCAGUUAGGUCCCCCCCUUCCCUGCAGAGCUGGCAGCCCCUCACCCUUUUUCGAACCCCCUCCCUCGUGGAGCGUUCCCUCGGCCUCCUCUCCCCUUUCCACCUUGUUGCUUUCUCAUCUUGGUCGGUGGAAAGAUUGGACUGUUGGCUGCCCCGGAUAUAGAGUGCCGUCAAAUGUGAGAGCCAGUGUGGUGUAGUGGUUAAGAGCGGUAGACUUGUAAUCUGGUGAACCGGCUUCGCGUCUCCGCUCCUCCACAUGCAGCUGCUGGGUGACCUUGGGCCAGUCACACUUCUUUGAAGUCUCUCAGCCCCACUCACCUCACAGAGUGUUUGUUGUGGGGGAGGAAGGGAAAGGAGAAUGUUAGCCGCUUUGAGACUCCUGAAGGGGAGUGAAAGGCGGGAUAUCAAAUCCAAACUCUUCUUCUUCUUCUUCAAAGAUCAGCCAUUGAGGAGGCAGCUGAUUCAGUCCGCAUUUAACGCCAAGCUUAUCUCGCUAAACCACAGAGCCUAGGACUUGCAGAUCGGAAGGUCGGCGGUUCGAAACCCCGCAGUGACGGGUUGAGCUUUGUACCCAUUUAUCUACUUGCACUUUGAUGUGCUUUCAAACUGCUAGGUUGGCAGGAGCAGGGACCGAGCAACGGGAGCUCACCCCGUCGCAGGGAUUCGAACCGCCGACCUUCUGAUCGGCAAGCCCUAGGCUCUGUGGUUUAGACCACACGCCACCCGCAUCCCGGUUUCUUUAAGCUAAAAAGUCCCAAAUGCUGUUUUCGGAUCUCUGAAGGGAUUUCGAUGUGAGGUAAUCAGAGAUAUCAUUAGCCCGGGCCGUUUGCAGUCGCAAAGCUCACUCCUCCAUCUUUCCUUUUCAGAUUCAGAUCAAAGCAGUAGCCCCAGGACGGGAAUCGGCUCUGACCAGGAGGACAGCAAGCCCAUCAUCACGUUGGGUGAGUCAAGGAAUGCUCAGCGCACAAAAGUGGGAAUAGGAGAAACGUCUUAUGUCCCUGUAGCAGGGAUGGGAGGAGAACGCCAUGCCGCUGGCAUCAUUCCUGACCAUUGGCCAAGCUGUCGGCUGGGGCUGAUAUGAGUUGGAGUCCCGCAAGCUCUGGAGACCCCCAUGCUCCCUGUUUUUCCUCUAAGGCGUUCUUCUUUCCUCAAGAGGGAAUUCCUCUUCUAAACAGAGGCAUUCCUCCGUCUCUCGCGUGUAGUAAGGAAACGGUACCUCUUAGGUCAGGUAUGUGGGUAUCUGAGGGCCUCGAGAUGCUACAACUCCCAUCAUCCUUGCUCCCUGGCCAUCCUGGCUACGGAAGCAUCCCUGAUUCUUAGGAGGGAAUGUCUCUGCUAAACAGGGAGUACCUAAACAGAGAUUAUCUCCCCUAAACAGAGAAUACCUCUUCUAAACAGGGAGUGCUUCUUCUAGACAGAGGAUAGCUCUUCUAAACAGAGAGUACCUCCUUUAAACAGAGAAUACCUCCUCUAAACAGAGAAUGCCUCUUCAAAACAGGGAGUGCUUCUUCAAAACAGGGAGUGCUUCUUCUAAACAGAGGAUAUCUCCCCUAAACAGAGAAUACCUCCCCUAAACAGGGAAUACCUCCUCUAAACAGAGGAUACCUCCCCUAAACAGAGAAUACCUCCUCUAAACAGAGAAUACCUCCUCUAAACAGAGAAUACUUCCUGUAAACAGAGAAUACCUCCCCUAAACAGAGAAUACCUCCUCUAAACAGAGAAUACCUCCUCUAAAAGAGAAUACUUCCUCUAAACAGAGAAUACCUCCCCUAAACAGAGAAUACCUCCUCUAAACAGAGAAUACCUCCUCUAAACAGAGAAUACUUCCCCUAAACAGAGAAUACCUCCCCUAAACAGAGAAUACCUCCUCUAAACAGAGAAUACCUCCCCUAAACAGAGAAUACCUCCUCUAAACAGAGAAUACCUCCUCUAAACAGAGAAUACUUCCUGUAAACAGAGAAUACCUCCCCUAAACAGAGAAUACCUCCUCUAAACAGAGAAUACUUCCUCUAAACAGAGAAUACCUCCCCUAAACAGAGAAUACCUCCUCUGAACAAGGAGUGCUUCUUCUAAACAGGGAAUGCCUUCUGUUUCAUCCUGGCAAUUUAUUUAUUUUUAAUAAAAAGGAAAGCGAAGCAUCUAGCUUGUGCAUCCCUGUUUCAAUUCCUCCCGGGUCGUUAUGCUCCCCGUGCUCAAUUAAUCUCUCCCCCUUUUUCCUCAGACGCGACAGAUUUCCAAGAGAACUUCGUCACGUCCGGGGUGUUCAGCGUCACGGAGCUGAUCCAAGUUUCCCGGAGUGAGUAGGCCUCUUUUUGUUGCUUGUGGUAUAGCUGGCCUUCGUGAAAACCUGGCCUGAGGUUCUGGCCUGAGGUUUGCAUUGUGCCGGCAGAGUAACUUUUGCACAAGCAGUCUUGCACUCUGCAGCUGCACGAUCAUAAUUGUGCAAGGAGGAAUUGCUGCUCCAGUCCAUGUCGACAAAACUGAUUUGAUUCCUAGCCGUGAUUCAAGAUGGCGUCCAAUUCGGGCAGAACGAACUCCUUUGUUUUGCUUCUGUUCUUUUUUUAUUUUGUUUUUAAGGGAAUCAGAAAGUAUACGAGUAGGAAUUGACAAAUAGACAGCUGAGGGAGAAGAGGAAAGAAAAGAGGGGGGAUAUAUAAAUUGAAAAUAACUUGGGGAGACCUAAGAAAUGGGGUGUGAACUGGAAAUAAAUAAUGCGACUUCCGGUUGGCCGUGCGAUUAAUGGCGGACGGGAGCUCUUUUUUGAAAAGAAAAAAAGGAAAUAAAUAAUGCAAUAUAAAGCAAUAAACGGGAAAGAAGGAACACCAACUUAAUAGACGGAAGCCAACUUAAUGGGGAAAUUGCAUUACAUUUGGUGUCGUUUGGUGUCGAUUUGCUAAAUAACUGGAAAACUAAUACAAAUAAUUUGGAAAGGAAGAAAAGGUUUGCGCCCAGUUCUGCCCAAACACUGAUGCAAAGCUGUCUGCUCGAGCCCAGGGGGCGUCCAGUCAGAUUUGGUUGAAAUCGUUGCAGUGGCAGGUUCGACCCGCCAUCUUGAUCCCAGUGAGAUCCCGGAGGAAACGCGUUCCUCGAACUCAGGACCCACCCGGCUGGGGACGAAAGGCUUUCCUCUCGGCAAACUGGAGGCCCCCCCAAUGCACAGCUCGUUGACCCCCUCCCCCCUUUUUAACAUAAUUUUAAUUUUUUUAUUGACGCAAAAUUUUAUUUUUUUUAUUGACACAAAUCCAUAACUUGCUCAGAUAGAGCGUCAACCUUCUUCCAUCCCUCUUUCUGACUUCCACAUAUCUUUAACGGAUUCGUCGCAUUUCUAUAACCACCUUAUAUCUUUUUUUAACAUUCACCCUCUUAUAUGUAAAUCAGCUCCUUAAUUUCACGUCACCAAACCUUUCAAGUCAAGCCUACAAACGUUUUCAGGUGUUUGCCAUUUUCUUUCAAACAAACUCUAAAUUUGCUCCAGUCCUUUUGAAACAGUUCGUCGCGCCGAUUCCGGAUCUUCCCCAUCAGCUUUGCCAACUCCACAUACAGUGGUACCUCGGGUUAUGGACGCUUCAGGUUACAGACUCCGCUAACCCAGAAAUAGUACCUCGGGUUAAGAACUUUGCUUCAGGAUGAGAAAAGAAAUCGUGCUCCAGCAGCGCGGCGGCAGCAGGAGACCCCAUUAGCUAAAGUGGUGCUUCAGGUUAAGAACAAUUUCAGGUUAAGAACGGACCCCUGGAACGAAUUAAGCACCGUAUUUUUCGCUCUAUAAGACGCACCAGACGACAAGACGCACCUAGUUUUUGGAGGAGGAAAACAAGAAAAAAAAUAUUCUGAAUCUCAGAAGCCAGAACAGCAAGAGGGAUCGCUGCACAGCGAAAGCAGCGUUCCCUCUUGCUGUUCUGGCUUCUGGGACAGCUGCGCAGCCUGCAUUCGCUCCAUAAGACACACACACAUUUCCCCUUACCUUUUAAGAGAGAAAAAGUGAGUCUUAUAGAGCAAAAAAUACGGUACUUAACCCGAGGUACCACUGUAUUCAACCAUCUUUAUCUGCAAACUUCCAGAGUAGGGAGUUCCUGCUGCUUCCAUCUCUGGGCCAAAAGUAUUCUUGCAGCUGUUGUGGCGUACAUAAACAAAGGUUGACCCCCUUUCUCUGCCUUCUCCGCAGCGCCGGUGGUGACGGGCACAGGGCCAAAUUUCUCCCUUGGGGAGCUGCAGGGGCACCUCGCCUACGACUUGAACCCCUCGAGUACGGGCAUGAGGAGGACGCUCCCCAGCACUUCCUCCAGCGGGUGAGUCCGGGCGUGGAGUUGUGGCGCUGUGUUCCCAUCCUUUCAUCGCCUUCCCUUGCUACCCCGUCCUUCCCACAGCCUUCUCCUAGUGAGCACCGCAACCCCAGAGUCAGCCACAACUGGACCUAAUGGUCAGGGGUCCCUUUACCUUUAACAUGGGGAUUAGUAAAGGUAAAGGGACCCCUGACCACUAGGUCCAGUCGUGGCCGACUCUGGGGUUGCAGCGCUCAUCUCGCUUUACUGGCCGAGGGAGCCGGCGUACAGCUUCCGGGUCAUGUGGCCAGCAGGACUAAGCCGCUUCUGGCGAACCAGAGCAGCGCAUGGAAACGCCGUUUAUCUUCCCACCAGAGUGGUACCUCUUUAUCUACUUGCACCUUGACGCAGCGGCGUAGCGUGGGUUGUCAGCACCCAGGGCAAGGCAAGUAAUUUGCGCCCCCUAACCCGGGGCAAGGCAAGUAAUUUGCACCCCCUAACCCGGGGCAAGGCAAGUAAUUUGCGCCCCCUAACCCCUAACCUGCCGCCGCUGCCAGCUUCUUCUUGCUGCUGCCUGGGCUGGUCUGGUGUGGUUCUCUCCCACGCUCAGCGCUGCGCUGGGCGGCCGCUGCACUGUCCCUCCCCCAGAUAGUCCCUCGCUCUCUCUCCACACCGCACGCCUGGCACCCACCCCCUCCACAGUGGGCGGCGACCCAGCGGCUCGGAUCGGAUUCGCACAGCCAGCACUGCAGUGAGAGAGAGAGAGUGAGCCAGGUAGGGGCAGAGAGCUGCGAGUGCGAGCGCGCCCCCCCCCAGAUGUUGCGCCCGGUGCGGCCGGCCCCCCCUGCACCCCCCACGCUACGCCACUGCUUUGACGUGCUUUCGAACUGCUAGGUUGGCAGGAGCAGGGACCGAGCAACGGGAGCUCACCCCGUUGCAGGGAUUCGAACCGCCGACCUUCUGAUCGGCGAGUCCUAGGCUCUGUGGUUUAACCCACAGCGUCCCUAACCUGGGGAUUAGCAGCUAAUAAAAGUUUGGGUUCUCUUUUGUUCGGGGCUUCUAUCUUGUUCCGCCUGGUGGCAGGUGGGAGUCCUGUCUCAACAGUCUUCAGUCAAGACCAAGCCGACUGGCUGCUGUUUUGCUCCGGUAUUCCUGGCUGGUGUCCUUGUUUUUUUGUCCAAGAGAGCCCUCGGAUUUCUCCCUUAACAACCCAAACGCUAACUGCUCUUCCCCCUUCUGCCUCACCUCAGGAGUAAACGUCAUAAGUCUGGCUCGAUGGAGGACGACUUGGACGGCAGCCCGGGGGGCGAAUAUUACACGUCGCCCAGCUCCCCCACGAGUAGCAGCCGAAAUUGGACGGAAGACAUGGAAGGGGGUAAGUCGGAGGGGAGCCGGGCCGCCCCGAAACCUUCAGGAAGCCAAACACUUGUCCUGAGAAGAGGAGGGCAGUAUAGAUUUAGAGCAGGGGGUUGCAGAAGGGCACAGGCCAGAGGCUACAGAGUGGAGAAGCUGGGAAAUAUUGGGGGAGCAGUAGGAAUGAAUGAAUCUUUAUUUGCGUCAGCCGUCAGCUGCAGCAAUAAAACAACAAUACGAUAUACAAAGAUUCGAAAUAAAAAAGUCAAUUAUAUAGAAUGCAUUUUGAAUCAAGAGUCAAAGAGUGGACCUGACUCUGAUCGCCGCAGCUAAAAGCCUUGCCACCUUUGUUGUCACCUGCUCAUCUUGAUCUGCCAAGAGAAAGGACCCUGGGGCAGUGGCUGGGCGACCCGGGAUGGACGAUAAAAGAGGGGUGAUAAUCUCAUUCCUCAAGUCUUUAUCAAGAGGGCAAGCCAGAAGGGCAUGUGGCACCGAUUCGGGACGGCCGUCUCCACAGGGACAUAAGUGUUUUUCGUGUGGAAUCGGUAAAUUCCAUUCAGAAAAUGGAGAAACGCCUCGGAAGCCUGUUGUUGUUUAGUCGUUUAGUCAUGUCCGCCUCUUCGUGACCCCCUGGACCAGAGCACGCCAGGCCCUCCUGUCUUCCACUGCCUCCCGCAGUUUGGUCAAACUCAUGCUGGUUGCUUCGAGAACACGGUCCCACCAUCUCGUCCUCCGUCGUCCCCUUCUCCUUGUGCCCUCCAUCUUUCCCAGCAUCAGGGUCUUUUCCAGGGAGUCUUCUCUUCUCAUGAGGUGGCCAAAGUCUUGGAGCCUCAGCUUCAGGAUCUGUCCUUCCAGUGAGCACUCAGGGCUGAUUUCCUUCUGAAUGGAGAGGUUUGAUCUUCUUGCAGUCCAUGGGACUCUCAAGAGUCUCCUCCAGCACCAGAAUUCAAAAGCAUCCAUUCUUCGGCGAUCACCCUUCUUUAUGGUGUUCGACUUCUGAGGCAUGUUCAAAAACAUUCCGGGUUUCCGGCGUCCGGGUUCUGAAUCGUUCAGCUUCCAAAGCGCUCGAAAAAACGAGUUUCCGCUGUACAAUUACUAUUCCUAAUCAUUCAGAUGCCGAAUUAUAUAAUUAGGUGGGUCCCAACCCCUGCAUGCUAGAAUGAAUGGUUUGCUUUUUUUUACUUAAUUUCUGCGUUCCAAAAUCUUAUCCAUCUCGAUCAAAACCCAUUCAAAAAUUAUUAUUUUUAUUAUUAGGUAGCACAGGUAUCCCCAACAGUAUCUUUCAGCAUUUGGCUGGUGAGGAAGCCCCAACAUUCCCCUAUUGUUAGUUUGCAAAUCUAUCCCCAAAAGUAAAAAGGCAAAGGGACCCCUGACCAUUAGCUCCAGUCGUGGCCGACUCUGGGGUUGCGGCGCUCAUCUCGCUUUACUGGCCGAGGGAGCCGGUGUACAGCUUCCGGGUCAUGUGGCCAGCAGGACUAAGCCGCUUCUGGCGAACCAGAGCAGCGCAAGGAAAUGCCGUUUACCUUCCCGCCGGAGUGGUACCUAUUUAUCUACUUGCACUUUGACGUGCUUUCGAACUGCUAGGUGGGCAGGAGCAGGGACCGAGCAACGGGAGCUCACCCCGUCAUUGUGGGGAUUCGAACCGCCGACGUUCUGAUCGGCAAGCCCUAGGCUCUGUGGUUUAACCCACAGCGCCACCCACGUCCUGUCCCCAAAAGUAUCUUUCUGCAUUUGGCUGGUGGGGAACGUCAGGGAUUCCCCACCCCUGCUCUCCCAGCCGGCCGUCGUUUCCCCUCCAACGAGAGACGUGUUCGGAACCUCUGCGAGAAGAGCUUUAUUUCAAUCCCUGGACUGGAUGUUCUGGUUCUAAAAUCCUUCUCAAUGAACGUCUGGGAGAGAGCUAAACCCUUUAGUGGCGCCGCGUAAAACGACUGCCCCAGAUAAAUCGCUGCCUGGAGGGCAGGGGCUAAGCCGAGAGGGGAUUAACCCUCUCUCUGCCCUGUCUUCCACCCCAUUGGCAGAAGGACGUUGGAGAUGGCAGGAGUUGCCAGCCUUCUUAAGCUCAGGGGCACGUGGGUGCCAGCCCUCUGGUCAGUUGGUCCCCUCUGCAUGGUGUCACACACAGUGUCAGAUUUACGUAUAAGGAGGGGAAGUGAUUUAGGAGCCCGGCCAGUGAUGUCAAAGUUCUUCCACGUAUUCAUAAAUUUAAUUUUUUAGAAAGAUUUUUUUUAAAAAAUGGCAUUCUGUGUGAGCCAUCGCUUAUGCACCAUAUUUUUCGCUGCAUAAGACGCACCAGACCAUAAGACGCACCUAGUUUUUGGAGGAGGAAAACAAGAAAAAAAUAUUCUGAAUCCCAGAAGCCAGAACAGCAAGAGGGAGCAGCGAUCCCUCUUGCUGUUCUGGCUUCUGGGAUAGCUGCGCAGCCUGCAUUCGCUCCAUAAGACGCACACACAUUUCCCCUUACUUUUCAGGAGGGAAAAAGUGAGUCUUAUAGAGCAAAAAAUACAGUAUUUUCCAUUUUUAUAUCGUCAUAUUAUUCAGUGAACUGAGACCUGCAGGUUUGGGGCAGUAUACAAUUUUAAUAAAUCCUCAUCCUCAUCAUUGAUCUUGGGAGUUUUAAAAAUUAUUUUUUAGGCUUGCCCAAGACUCAGACAGAGCUGCGACAGGUAGGCUCUUUAAUUCUCAAGGUCGUGGGUUUGAGCAAAUGAUUCCUGCAUUGCAAGGGGUUGCAGAAUAGAUUAUCUUGAAUGGUUCCUUUCAAACUCAAUCGUUCUCUCCCAUCUCCUCCAAGUGUCCUAUUUUUCCAGGGACAGUCCCGGAAUUACAGAAGCCGGUGUCUCUUCUGCCAUUGAAUGGUGGAUGAGUUUCAUGAAAUAUAGCUGCGCCGAACCUGAUAUUCAGUACUGGAUUUACGUAUAAGCUAAACAAGCUCUAGCUUAGGGCCCCGCUCUCUUGGGGAUGUCCAAAAAAAUUUAAAGGGAAAAAAACUGGAUGCACAUCUCCAAAAUACAAGAUAAAAAACCAAUAAAAUAAAACCUACAUACAGCGUUUUGUGUUGUGUGGGCUCCUAGGAUGUAAGUCAUGGGCCCCGCCUGCUCCCUAAAAUAUCACUGGUUUGCUCCUUUCUAUAUAUAGGGUGCCUACAUUCUGAACGUGCAAAUGGCUUUUACAAGUAUUGAAGAUAUAGGGGGAAGAGAGAAAUAUGAGCAUAGGGGAGGUGAUUAGAAUACGGAGUUGAUAAAUGAAUGAAACCGUAGAAGGGGAGGAAGGGAAGUCGAUGGUUGUGAAUGUUAUGGCUGUAUUCAUUGAAAUGCAAAAAAUUAUAAUAUAAAUCAGGCAUAGGCAAACUCCAGCCCUCCAGAUGUCUGGGACUACGAUUCCCAUCAUCCCUGACCACUGGUCCUGUUUGUUAGGGAUGAUGGGAAUUGUAGUCCCAAACAGGCCAGAGUUUGCCUAUGCCUGGUAUAAAUAAUAAAAAUUUAAAAAUUAAUAGGUGCCUUGAAAAGCAUACUUAGAGGGCACAAGGUGCAGAACUUAGGGGGCCUAUUGCUGCGGAUAAACACGUCAACUCUUCCUCAAAUUCCUCCCCAGGGAUUUCUCCGAAAAAGCCAGACAUGGACAAGUCUCCCUUCAACAGUCCGUCUCCGCAAGAUACUUCGCCUCGGCUGAGCAGUUUUACACAACACCACCGUCCCGUCAUCGCCGUACACAGCGGUAGGUUGGGGGUCGCCAAGGAAGGGGGAAAAAUAAGGCAGGAAAGUUCUCCCUAAAGCUGGAAUGUGUCACUUCGGGUUCAUGUGUCUGUGUUGCAGGGAAGCCGUCUCAUUUUGAAACCCCUCGCAAGGAGAAGAGUAACAGAGUCCUUGCACUACUAGCUUUCUGCUUGCAGACUCUCAAGAUAUACCGUAUUUUUCACUCUAUAAGACGCACCAGACCAUAAGACGCACCUAGUUUUUGGAGGAGGAAAACAAGAAAAAAAAUAUCCUGAAUCUCAGAAGCCAGAACAGCAAGAGGGAUCGCUGCGCAGCGAAAGCAGCAAUCCCUCUUGCUGUUCUGGCUUCUGGGAUAGCUGCGCAGCCUGCAUUCGCUUCAUAAGACGCACACGCAUUUCCCCUUACUUCUUAGGAGGGAAAAGUGAGUCUUAUAGAGCAAAAAAUACAGUAUGUGAUUCCUCAGUCCCAGCCGUCCAAAUUGGCACAGCCCACCUCUGUUUUUUGACUGAGGUUGCUUCUGGCACAACUUUCUAAAGCCCUUCCUUUCUCCUAAGGACGUUCUCUCCACCGUUCCCAUCAGGGGGCUCUGAGCAUCCUCAGCAAACUACAGUUCCCAGAAUUCUUUUCUGCAGCAAACGACCCUGUGAUCCUCAGCCGAUAAAUUUAAUAAGCGUAAUUUAACAAAAGCAGCAUUUCCUGCUGCGCAUGAGGUGGGAAGAGAGAUGCUCCAUCUUUGACCAGGAAUGAGGAAAAACACCUGUGCCCCCAUCCGGUUGCCAUAUGUCCUCUUUUUCCAGGACACGUCCUCCUAUUCAGGAUUAAAAUAUCUGGGAGGAUUUUUAAAAAAUUGACUUUCCCAAGGAGAGCGGGGAGCAGGGAGGCGAGGUUGUAGAGGGAAAGAAGGCCGCGGCGGUGGUCUCUGCAGAGGCGCCCCAGGCGGGGGUCCGGGGGUGUCGCGGCGAGGCGGGCCACCCAGUCUCUUCUCUACCUGACAAGACAGAAGGACUGUUUUGGGGGGACAGGAGGUGGGCAGGUGUGGAGGACUGCCUGGUCCUGAAUCGGGUAACUGUGCCCCUGAAGGACCAAGUGUGCAGCCUGGGGGUCAUUCUGGACUCACAGCUGUCCAUGGAGGCGCAGGUCAAUUCUGUGUUCAGGGCAGCUGUUUACCAGCUCCAUCUGGUACACAGGGUGAGACUCUCCCUGUCCGCAGACUGUCUGGCCAGAGUGGUGCAUGCUCUGGUUAUCUCCCACUUGGACUACUGCCAUGCGCUCUACGUGGGGCUACCUUUGAAGGUGACCCGGAAACUACAACUAAUCCAGAAUGCGGCAGCUAGACUGGUGACUGGGAGCGGCUGCCGAGACCAUAUAACACUGGUCCUGAAAGACCUACAUUGGCUCCCAGUACGUUUCCGAGCACAGUUCAAAGUGUUGGUGCUGACCUUGAAAGCCCUAAACGGCCUCGGUCCAGUAUAUAUGAAGGAGCGUCUCGACCCCCAUCUUCGGCCUGGACACCGGGGUCCAUCUCCCGAGGGCCUUCUGGCGGUUCCCUCACUGCGAGAAGCAAAGCUACAGGGAAGCAGGCAGAGGGUCUUCUCGGUGGUGGCGCCCGCCCUGUGGAACGCCCUCCCAUCAGAUGUCAAGGAAAUAAACAACUCUCUGACUUUUAGAAGACAUCUGAAGGCAGCCCUCUUUAGGGAAGCUUUUAAUGUUUGAUGUAUUACAGUAUUUUAAUAUUUUUUUGGAAGCCGCCCAGAGUGGCUGGGUAUAAAUAAUAAAUUAUUAUUAUUAUUAUUAUUAUUAUUAUUAUUAUUAUUAUUAUUAUCUGUCGCCCCCUGCAGGUAUCGCCCGAAGCCCUCACCCAUCCUCCGCGCUACAUUUCCCCACCACCUCAAUCCUGCCCCAAACGGCCUCCACUUACUUCCAACACACAGCCAUACGGUACCCGCCACACCUGAACCCUCAAGACCCUCUGAAAGACCUCGUCUCGCUGGCCUGCGACCCGUCCAAUCAGCAGCCGGGACCGGUAAGGAACCGCCGAUCUCGUCCCCGUGUGGUUCUGGGGUUCAGGGAAAGUCCUGGGACUUGCCAACUCGGCGGUCUCGCUCAACUCGCUCUUCUCAAGGCCACCGUAGAUACCGCACCGCUGCCCCUCUCCCCUGCGCGGUUUUCCCUCACCCUCUUGAGGACUAGCGGAUUGUUUGGGCCGGGCUGCGGAGGUUUCCGAGCGGCCGUGUGUAGAAAUGCGCAUUACGCCAGGCUGAAACUUCCCAAACCUUUGGGAGGUCGCAAGGUGGUUAGAUUCGUCUCAACUAGGGCCAGGGCCUUUUCAGUACUGGCCCCGAUGUGGUGGACCAUUCUGUCCCAAGAGACUAGGGCACUGUGGGACUUGACAUCUUUCUACAGGGCCUGCAAGACAGAGCUGUUCCGCCUGGUCUUUGGUUUGGACUCAGUCUGACCUUUAUGUUUCCCUCCCCUUAUUAUUACCGUAUUUUUCGCUCUAUAAGACGCACCAGACCACAAGACGCACCUAGUUUUUGGAGGAGGAAAACAAGAAAAAAAAUAUUCUGUAUCUCAGAAGCCAGAACAGCAAGAGGGAUCGCUGCGCAGCGAAAGCAGCGAUCCCUUUUGCUGUUCUGGCUUCUGGGAUAGCUGCGCAGCCUGCAUUCGCUCCAUAAGACGCACACACAUUUCCCCUUACUUUUCAGGAGGGAAAAAGUGAGUCUUAUAGAGCAAAAAAUACGGUAAUUAUUAUUAUGUUUUUACUGUAAUUUUACUGGUGUUAGCCGCCCUGAGCCCGGCUCUGGCUGGGGAGGGCGGGGUAUAAAUAAAAUUUAUUAUUAUUAUUAAAAGGGAGCUGUCUGUGCGUCAGGACAGGCGGUGUCGAUGGCGAAAAAGGAGGCUCCCUUGCCCGUGUUGGGGCACACAGAUAUCUAAUGGGGGCGACAGCAGCACUCCCUUGACUUCCCUUCGUCUGGCAGCUGGCAGCUUUGGAGUUUCCCAUAAUGCCCCGGGACACUUGCUGCAUUUUGGGCGUAUGACACCUUGUUCCGGGGUGUAAUACAGUGGUUCAGUGUGUCGUGGCACCCUGGGGUGCCUUGAAUGAUGCUCUGGGGUGCUGCUGGCAACAAGGGAGGGUGUUCAAAAAAAGGGUGAGGGGCUGCCAGCUCUGCAGGCAAGGGGGGGGACAAAGUUGGGCUCCUGAGCCCCACAGGGGUGCCACAGAAAUAAUGGCGUGGGUCAAGGGAGCUGCGGCUUAGAAUCUACAAGAGCAAAAGCACGACACACAAGGAAAGGGGAACUAGGAGGGCAGAGGAAAAAGUCAAGCUCGGGAACCGGUUCUUAAACAGGGGAUUGUUAUAAGGACCAGCAGGUGUGAGAAAGGGGGGCAUUGCUUACACAGAAGAUGGGAUAGAUCAGGGGUCGGCAAGGCUUAGUCCAUCAGCUUAAAGGUAAAGGUAAAGGGACCCCUGACCAUUAGGUCCAGUCGUGGCCGACUCUGGGGUUGCUGCGCUCAUCUCGCUUUACUGGCCGAGGGAGCCGGCGUACAGCUUCCGGGUCAUGUGGCCAGCAGGACUGAGCCGCUUCUGGCGAACCAGAGCAGCGCACGGAAACGCUGUUUACCUUCCCGCCAGAGUGGGACCUAUUUAUCUACUUGCACUUUGAGGUGCUUUCGAACUGCUAGGUUGGCAGGAGCAGGGACCGAGCAACGGGAGCUCACCCCGUCAUUGCGGGGUUUCGAUCCGCCGACCUUCUGAUCGGCAAGCCCUAGGCUCAGUGGUUUAACCCACAGCGCCACCCGCGUCCCUUCAGUCCAUCAGCUUAGUUUGCCAUUAUUCUCUGGUAGGGACUUUAUCUUUUUUCCGUCUCUGGGCUAGUAAGAUCCGUGCGGCAGUCGUUGCAUAGCCAGAUUAUCGCCUUCCAAAGCAACUCCUCUAUUCUGAACUUUUAAAAACGGAGAGCGUAAUGUUGGUGGGCAACAAAAGAGGUUUAAAGACUGUCUCAAGGCAAAUCUAAAAAAUGUAGCAUAACUGGGAAACACUGGCCUGCGAGCGUUGCAGUCGGAGAACAGCCUUGACCAAAGGUGUCGUGGGCUUUGAAGACACUCGAACUCAGGACGCAAGGGAGAAACAUGCCAAGAGGAAGGCACACUUGGCAAACCCUCACCGGGGUCAACUCCCGCCUGGAAACCUAUGUCCCCACUGUGGAAGGAUGUGUGGAUCCAGAAUUGGCCUCCACAGUCACUUACGGACUUAUGGUUAAGACCGUGUUUAUGGAAGACAACUGGCUACGAGGGAUCGCCGAAAGGAGAAGUAGAAAGAUUGGGUUCGAUCGCAGCGAGACGGGGCAGCGGCGCAGCGUGUUACAAGAAGGGGAAAGCCAGAGGGAGAUUUCGGACUGCUUUGAAGCUGGGAAUCUCCAGCAAUCUCCAAAUCAAACUCUCCUUGCCUUCUGCAACCAUCACACAAACACACACACACACACACAGAGACGGGUCUGGCAGUCAAUAUGCAUAACAUAUAAAGGCAUCUUUGAUGUGCUUCUUGCUCUGCUGCAAGGCUGCUCUCCACCCUGGUGGGCUCCCAGCUCCAUCACCAGCAGGUGGUCCCAUCAAAGGGGUACCUACCAACUGCUCAGGCUGCCUGCAGGGCAGCUGGGGGGGGAGAAUAGAGGAGGCCUGACCCCCCACCUCCCAAAAACACACACUGCAUUUACGAGCCAACGUUACCUGUGAAAAAACUUUUGUUGUUUAGUCGUGUCCGCCUCUUCGUGACCCCCUGGACCAGAGCACGCCAGGCACUCCUGUCUUCCUCUGCCUCCCGCAGUUUGGUCAAACUCAUGCUGGUAGCUUCCAGAACACUGUCCCACCAUCUCGUCCUCCGUCGUCCCCUUCUCCUUGUGCCCUCCAUCUUUCCCAACAUCAGGGUCUUCUCCAUGGAGUCUUCUCUUCUCCUGAGGUGGCCAAAGUCUUGGAGCCUCAGCUUCAGGAUCUGUCCUUCCAGUGAGCACUCAGGGCUGAUUUCCUUCCGAAUGGAGAGGUUGGAUCUUCUUGCAGUCCAUGGGACUCUCAAGAGUCUCCUCCAGCACCAUAAUUCAAAAGCAUCCAUUCUUUGGCAAUCAGCCUUCUUUGUGGUCCAGCUCUCACUUCCAUAUUUGCUCCUGUUUUAUUUCCUUGGGUAUCGUCUCCCUGCAUAGGGUUGAAGUGCGUCUGGGUUUUCCUGGAUCUAUCCGGAAUACCAGGGAAAACCACUUUGUUUUUGCCUCCCCCCCCCCCCAUUAAAAUACAGUCAUCCCAAACAGAAUCCGUUCCGGAAGUCCGAAAACAUUCAGAGACCGAGGCAGGGCUUCCGAUUGGCUGCAGGAGCUUUCUGCGCACAAUCGGAAGACGCACCGGACAUCCGGCUUCCAAAAAAUGUUCAAAACCAGGAACACUUUUCCUGGUUUGCGGCGUUUGGGAACCAAGGCGUUUGGGAACCAAGGUGUUUGAGAACCAAGGCGUUUGAGAACCAAGGUGUUUGAGAACCAAGGCAUUUGAGAACCAAGGUGUUUGAGAACCAAAGCAUUUGAGAACCAAGGCAUUUGAGAACCAAGGUACCGCUGUAUACAGAGGAUAAAGGAAAAAAGUUAAAUUACAUUUUGGGGGUUCGGAUCAAUGGUCAAAUGGUGGGUCUUAUUCUAAUCGCUCCAGCUAAAAACCAUGCAACUUUUGCUAUCUAUCGCCUGUUCAUCUUGAUCUGUCAAGGGAACGGAGAGUGUAACAGUGGUUGGGCGACCCGGAAUGGACAAUAAAAGAGGGGUGAUAACUUCACUCCUCAAAUAUUUGUAAAGAGUCGGAAGGCCGGAAGGACGUGAGCUGCCGAUUCACGACUGCCAUCUCCACAAAGACAUAAGCGUUUUUCCCACUGGGGUUUUUUGGAAUUGCCCCUGAAGGCGGUAUAUUCAGUCUUGUGAGAGUAAAAGCACGUCUAUAUUUUGGAAUUAUUAAGUUCUGCAAAGAGUCAAAAUGUCUAGGUGGGGAAUAGUCGUACCGUGGGCAGAAUUUCCUUAUUGUGGCUGAGUUGUUCUGUCGCUCGAUAUCGUUUAAUUAAAUUGCUUGCUUUACUAAAACCCAGCGUGAGUAGCCGUCGUGGGGAUAAACCACAGGAGUGAAGUUUUGGGUAAACUAUUUUAGUCCCGGCGCUCUCUUGCGACUCUAGAGGUAGUAGACCAGACAGAUCUAUAUGUGUGUUUGUGAAAAAGUCCAUGUAAGAAACUAGCCUACUGCAUAAAUUUGCAUUUGUCGCCCCGCCCAUUUUGCCUCUGGCCCCGCCCACUAGCGCCAUGUGGUUUCCCCCUGCCCUUCUCAUAAAUAUGGGGGGGGGUCCACAGAUCGCUCCCCUCCCUCGAUCUUUAUUCCAGCUUUUGCAACUUCACCCUACUGAUCCUAAAAUAAAAUAAAAUAAAACGAUAAAAUAAAGGAAUGCGUUUUCAAAUGCCGCAAAGCAAAGCUUAACAGUCCAGCAAUAGCCUUAUGCCUAAAUUCCACCACCAUCACCAAAUAAUAAUAAUAAUAAUAAUAAUAAUAUUUAUACCUCACCCAUCUGGCUGGGCUUCCCCAGCCACUCUGGGCAGCUCCCAACAAAAAUAUAAAAGCACGAUAAAAUAUCAAGCAUUAAAAACUUCCCUAAACAGGGCUGCCUUCAGAUCCUUUCUAAAAGUCAGAUCGUUGUUUAUUUCCUUGACAUCUGAAGGGAGGGCGUUCCACAGGGCGGGCGCCACCACCGAGAAGGCCCUCUGCCUGGUUCCCUGUAACCUCGCUUCUCGCAGGGAGGGAACCGCCAGAAGGCCCUCGGGAGAUGGACUCUGUGUCCGGGCUGAACGAUGGGGGUGGAGAUGCUCCUUCAGGGAUACUGGGCCAUUUAGGGCUUUAAAGGUCAGCACCAACACUUUGAAUUGUGCUCGGAAACGUCCUGGGAGCCAAUGUAGGUCCUUUCAGGACCGGUGUUAUAUGGUCUCCACUCCCAGUCCCCAGUCUGGCAGCCGCAUUCUGGAUUAGUUGCAGUUUCCGGGUCAGCUUCCAAGGUAGCCCCACGUAGAGCGCAUGGCAGUAGUCCAAGCGGGAGAUAACCAGAGCAUGCACCACUCUGGCCAGACAGUCCGCGGGCAGAUAGGGUCUCAUCCUGCGCACCAGAUGGAGCUGCCCUGGACACAGAAUUAACCUGCGCCUCCAUGGAUAGCCGUGAGUCCAGAAUGACUCCCAGGCUGCACACCUGGUCCUUCAGGGGCACAGUGACCCCAUUCAGGACCAGGGAGUCCCCCACACCCGCCCGCCUCCUGUCCCCCCAAAACAGUCCUUCUGUCUUGUCAGGAUUCAACCUCAAUCCGUUAGCCGCCAUCCAUCCUCCAACCGCCUCCAGACCCUCACACAGGACCUUCACCGCCUUCACUGGUUCUGAUUUAAAAGAACCUCGAAAUACCGGCUGCCGGGCGGGGGUCACAAAUGGGGACGCCGAGUUGAGCUGGCCAAGGUGCCCAUGUUCCCUGAUCUUGCCCGGCCGCCGUCCCCGUUUUUUUCUAAUUGGGGGGGUUCUCCACUGGGCGGCUCUUUUGAGGGCUCUGUUAACCAGCUUUGUGUCUCUUCUUUUGUCUUCCAUCUUGUGUCCCCCCCUAGUUAAAUGGAGGUGGACAAGUGAAGGUUCCCGGGCAUUACCUUCCCACCCAGAUGUUGGCGCCGCCGCCCCCCCCGGGUCUGCCCCGCCUGGCAAUCUCACCCGACACCAAACCCAUCGCGACAACUUCCGAGGGAGGGACUACUUCGCCGACGUCUCCCAGUAAGCAAGCCUCAAAAACGCCCCCCCCAAACCCGAUCCCGACUCCCGCCCGCCCGCCCCCUCCCAAAUGACCCAGCAGCCAUGCCCACCCAUGCCCAAUUCCGCCCACCCACCCCCAAUCCCCCAAAUCCAGACAUACUCACAGACCGCAGUCUAGCGUUUUCAUUUUCCGGAGAGGGGUGGGAUUCGAAGCAUGGCAGCGUUUUUCAUAGGAGGGGGCUGUUUUUUUUCAGGGGCGGCGGCACCGCCAGCAGCGGGGGAGAUCUGGGUUCAAAACAGCAGCAGCCCCGACCCGCCAAUGGGAAGGGCUUGGGCAAAGGGCCGGUUUAAAAUAAGGUUACCAGAUUUUUUCUCAGCGAAUCCGGGGACACUUUUUAACUUCAAUAGGAAUGAUAGGGUUUUGUCUGGGGGCUGAUUUGUAAAUCCGGGGACUGUCCCCGGGAAACGGGGAUGUCUUCUAACCUUAGUUUAGCAGCAGCCUUUGGCUAUGUGCAAUAAAACUGACUGACUGACUGACUGUAACCUUAGCUUAAAACGCACCUGUUGAAAUCAAAACAGUGUCCCUUCUGGUGGCUUGCAACUGAACAGUUUGCGCCUAAAUAGAAGCUUUGCGGCUCGUCGAUCCGAAACAGCCUCUUCCAGACUCAGAUCUAGCCAAAGGAGCAUCUGUGUAAUGAAGGACUUGCAUUGAUUAUUAUUAAUAUUAAUAAUAAUAAUCCCCCACCCAACUGGCUGGGUUUCCCCAGCCACACUGGGCAGCUCCCAACAGAAUAUUAAAAAUAAAGGUAAAGGUAAAGGUACCCCUGCCCGUACGGGCCAGUCGUGUCCAACUCUAGGGUUGUGCGCCCAUCUCACUUAAGAGGCCGGGGAUACUUCCGGGUCAUGUGGCCAGCGUGACGAAGCUGCUCUGGCGAGCCAGCACCAGCGCAGCACACGGAAACGCCGUUUACCUUCCCGCUAUAAAGCGGUACCUAUUUAUCUACUUGCACUUAGGGGUGCUUUCAAACUGCUAGGUGGGCAGGAGCUGGGACUGAAAGAUUGGAGCUCACCCCGCCGUGGGGAUUUGAACUGCCGACCAUGCGAUCGGCAAGCCCUAGGCACUGAGGUUUUAUCCACAGCGCCACCCGCGUCCCCCUAAUAUUAAAAAUAUUAAAAAUACCAAACAUUAAAAACUUCCCUAAACAGGGCUGCUUUGAAGUGUCUUCUAAAAGUCAGAAAGCUGUUAAUUUCCUUGACACCUGAUGGGAGGGUGCCACCACCGAGAAGGCCCUCUGCCUGGUUCCCUGUAACCUCGCUUCUCGCAGGGAGGGAACCGCCAGAAGGCCCUCGGAGCUGGAGCUGCUUACAAUGGUCUCACAUAUAAAUGAUAAACUUUCCCCGUUCUUUUUCAAAGUCCUUGUCUUCUUGAUUCCUGAGCUUCCCAGUUAAUUUUGCCAUUUUGGCAUCAUCCAUCAACUUGGUUUGCCAUUCUUAUCUGGCCGGGGUUAUCGCUUAUUUCCAUCUCUGGGCUAAUAGCAUCCUUGCGGCUGGGAAUUCUUCUUAAAUACCUGGCAGGGAACCUGUGACUCUUCAGAUAUUGCCAGACUCUCGCCAUACCGUCCCUAUGCUGUCUGGAACCGAUGAGAACUGGUGCACAAUGACCCUGUUUAAUGAAUGUUUCUUAUAGCUUAAAAACAGAACACAGGUUUGCAUCCUUUAACCCAAAAGCCCACACUGGAAUCUAAAACAAAACUCAUUCAGUUCCUCUGCCCUGAGCUAGGAAUCCCAGAAUCUUUUUACACAACCAGGCACUGUGAUAAAGUCCCUUUUCAUUUCCUUAAACCGCUGGAAAUGAUAGGAAACCGCAUAAUAAUUAUAUGAAUGAUAAUUUGAACCCUGCCCAACUGACCGGGUCGCCACAGCCACGCUGGACAGCUUCCGACCCAUAUAAAACCAGAAUAAAACUCAAGUGUUGGAAACUUCCCCAUACAGGGCUGUCUUCAAAAAGUCAAAUAGUUCUUUAUCUCCUUGACAUCUGGUGGGAGGGCGUUCCACAGGGCGGGCGCCACCACCAAGAAGACCCUCUGCUUGGUUCCCUGUAACCUCGCUUCUCACAGGGAGGGAACCGCCAGAAGGCCCUCGGGAGAUGGACCCCGGUGUCCGGGCUGAACGAUGGGGGUGGAGACGCUCCUUCAGGGAUACUGGGCCAUUUAGGGCUUUCAAGGUCAGCACCGACACUUUGAAUUGUGCUCGGAAACGUCCCGGGUGCCAAUAUAGGCAAUGUUGUGUUUUGAGGCUGAGACACUGAUCUAGAUCUGUUUGCUUUGGCCUGUGUGGAUUCUAAGUUGCCAUUUUGGGGGGCCAGGCGGUUAGAAGCUUGUAGUUUUCAAGACGACUUUUUGGUUCCUGAAAUUCAUUCCGGUUGUACGGAUGAAAUAAUGGCGGGUAGAAUUCUGCAGGUUGCGUUGCUAGCGUGGGAAAACAGGCAAGGUUCAAGGAUCCUUUAUCCUGGCACCCAGGAAUCUUCACUCGGUUGCAAAAGGAGCCUGGCGAAUUUAGAACUCUGCCUGGGGCCAGUCCUGAUCUUUCAGCCUCUCCCGCCUCGCAGGGUCGUUGUAGGAUGGUAAUGAGGAGCGUGAACACCACCUUGAGCUCUUUGAAAGAUAAGGAGGCUACGGAUGCAAGGGGGGAAAAUAAAAUAAAAUCACUGAUUGGCGCACUUGAGAAGCCCGGCGGGCAGAGGGGGCAGCAGCAAAUAUUUCUGCUGCGCCCUCAGGGCAACUGCAAGGACAAGGAAGGAAGGAAGGGAAAGAAAGAGGAAGGAAGGGAGGAAGGAAGGAAGGGAAAGAAAGAGGAAGGAAGGAAGGAAGGAAGGAAGGAAGGAAGGGAAAGAAAGAGGAAGGGAGGGAGGGAGGAAGGAAGGAAGGAAGGAAGGAAGGAAGGAAGGGAAAGAAAGAGGAAGGGAGGGAGGGAGGAAGGAAGGGAAAGAAAGAGGAAGGAAGGGAGGAAGGAAGGAAGGGAAAGAAAGAGGAAGGAAGGAAGGAAGGAAGGAAGGAAGGAAGGAAGGAAGGAAGGAAGGAAGGGAGGAAGGAAGGAAGGGAAAGAAAGAGGAAGGAAGGAAGGAAGGAAGGAAGGAAGGAAAGAAGGAAGGAAAGUUUGUGGAAAGGCCUCCGCAGAGAGGCUGCCCUGGCGCCUUCAUUACACAAAGUUUCUCUUGUCGUUUUGUCGUUUUCCUCCCGCUGCUUUUAUCUCUACUUCCGCCCACAAUUUACUUUGACUGUUAAUAUAUGUAAAUAUAUUAUAAAUAGGCUCCCCCUCUUCUAUAACAAGUUCGUCAUUUCGCUCUCUUAAUUUCGCCGUCAGCUUUGCCGUUUCUGCACAGUCCAUCCCUUUCAGCAUUCUGCAGCCUCUUAAAUGUUUUUGUGGGAAGGAGAUGGGUUGUUUGUCGUUUUAACUGUUUGCUUGUGGUCUUUACCUCGUAUUUUGUCCCGUGAGCUGCUCUGAGAUUUUGUGAUGAAGGGGGGGGGGCAUAUAAAUGGAAGGAAGGAAGGAAGGAAGGAAGGAAGGAAGGAAGGAAAGAAAGAUGGAAGGAAGGAAGGAAGGAAGGAAGGAAGGAAGGAAGGAAGGAAAAUAAGAAGGAAGGAAGGAUGGAAGGAAGAUAAGAAGGAAGGAAGAAAGGAAGGAAGGAAGAAAGGAGAGAGGGAGAGGAAGGAAGGAAGGAAAGAUAGGAAGGAAGGAAAGAAGGAAGGAAGGAAGGAAAAUAAGAAGGAAGGAAGGAAGAUAAGAAGGAAGGAAGGAAGGAAGGAAGGAAGGAAGGAAGGAGAGAGGGAGAGGAAGGAGGGAAGGAGAGAGGGAGAGGAAGGAAGGAAAGAUAAGGAAGGAAGGAAGGAAGGAAGGAAGGAAGGAAGAUAAGAAGGAAGAUAAGAAGGAAGGAAGAAAGAUAAGAAGGAAGGAAGGAAGGAAGGAAGGAAGGAAGGAUGGUUAUUCUGGGUGGUUUCCUCUCGAAUGGGAAUAGGAAUUGGUGGUCGGGGGUUUGUUUUGCGUUUCUUUUCUAAACCGUGCUGUGUCCCCCCUCCUUUCUUUCUCUCCCCCUCUCCCUCCUUCCCUUCCUCAGCCUACUCCGCCCCAGGCACACCCCCUGCGAACCGCUUCGUGGGACUAG